UUGAGCCGAGCGUCAUCACAGCGACUCUCUGCGACUCCCCCACCGAACGGGUACAAUGCUACUGCGCAAGUGGUGGAGUGUGUACAACGCUGCUGCGCAAUGUUGGUUUCAGGAAGUGGAGAAAAAAUGUGGAAAUACUGAGAGCUUUUCAAAUCUGUAUACUGGUGGAAGGCAGAACCAAGUUGUGCAUAGUAUAUACAGUCUAUGUUUAAUACAGUAAUGAUUUUGUACUGUCCUGAGCAGACAGUGGUGACAAAAACAUCUCAAGAGUGCUGCGUGGAAGUAUUUUGGAUUCUACUCAACACAUUGAAAGAUAGAGCAGGAAGACUGUCAACUUUGUACGAAACAGCUGUCUUAUUCCUAAAAUAAUUCGGAUUGCUAACAGGCUGCAAGCUCUAGAGGUGUCCCAAUAUGAUAUUGAUAUCAGAUAUCGGUCCGAUAUCAGCAAAAAAAUGAAUAUCAGAUUUUAUCAGCCUGCCUCUAAAAUCUCCGAUACAAGCAGUCCAUUCCAGUCUCAGCUCUGGCACCUCUAUUUAGCAGAGCCCACAUAAUCACAACAAAAGUGUGUACUAAGGAUCUCACAAAGUAGCAAGGAGUUAGCCUGGCUGGGCCAUCCUGUUGCGUGAGUCACUUGACGUUCCUUCCCACCACAGUCUGGACUUCGGCCCAUUGGGAGCGUGUUUUCCCGAUCAGAAAAUAACCGGGCCAAUCAGAGACCGUGUUUUCACUGUUACCCGGACAACAGGGAAAGGCAGCCCCUGAUUGGUCCGUAACCAAGCAUCUGUGAUGAUGUCAGAUGCUUGGUUACGGUGAUUGGUUACAGUAGUCUGUCUAUCAAGGAAAGUACUCCCGCCCACUUUCAAGGCUUCCAAUGGGCCGAAGUCCAGACUGUUGUGGGAAGGAACGUUAAGUGACUGACGCAACAGGAUGGCCCAGCCAGGCUGGCAAGGCGUAGGAGUGAUGUCGAUCAUGUGGCAGUAUUUUUUGUUUCAGUCUGAAAAAGACAUUGCAGCUGAGUGAAAAACUUGUCAUGCACAAUUUUGUGCCAAUAUCAGAUCAAUAACGAUAUUGGCCAAUACUGAAGGCUACAAUAUCGAUAUUGUAUCAGAAGUAAAAAAGUUGUAUCAGGACACCCCUGGCUAGCUCCACCCUAUGGUCACCCUAAGCUAGCAGGUAAUAGUUUAGAGCUCAGUCAGAGGCACAGAGGUCUGCAAAAUGACUUCAAAAGCAAGUCUGCUGUUUUAAUACAACAGGUACAAAUUUUAUGCAAAUGGUGACUUUGGAUCCUCUGAACCUUCCUCACAUGAGAGGUUCUAAAAUGGGUUUGAGAGGCUGGCCUAUAGACAAGCAUUAUAAUAUAGAAGUGUGUGUUUGACAGCUAAUAUAAUAGAGAACUUAGGGUGAAAUGUCUGUUUAUCAAAAGGUCAACACACUUUAGACUAUCUGAAAUGUGUCAACUGGUCACGGUUAUUCCAGCACAAUCAGAUAAUUUGGUUUGAAACUUGCUGUGAAGCUUUUAAAGCCCGUCCCUCUUAUUCUCAAAGAAGUGGAGGUGAAACUGUCUCACAGCCAAAGACAUCGAGGGAGAGGAAAACCUCAGGAAAGUCAAGUCAGCAGAGGUUUCCACCAUCAGCACGGCUAAAAGCAGCAUGAUGAGGAGAACGGUGGCACACACCUGUGUCCACUGCCAGGUGAGAUCCCUGUGUGUGACAGGUGUCUGAGCUGAACGCGACCAGCAGACUCGGAGCUGACAUAUUCAGUCAUGCGUGCUCUCAUACAGGCAGCAGACAGUCAGUCAGUGUAAUGAUGCUGACACAGUUAGAGGCUUCUUCCUGUACUCAGGGCUGCUGAGAGUUAAACAAAGAGACAAUGGGAGACCUGAACAACACUGAAGUUGGUUUAAUGAUGACAGCAGUUGACCUUAAGAUUUAUGUAACUGUAGUGAUGCUGAUUACAGAGGGAGGAUGAGAGAGGGAAGAAAACAGCAGCUGAAAAAAUUAAAUAUUGAUGUCACAACAAAAAAAGGCAUUCAGUAUAACUGUGAGUUAAUAGUAAAGCUCUAUGCUGGAUACCACACAUCAUAAAACAAGACAGACAAAAAAGAAGCAGGUGUUGAUUUUAGGUGUUGCAAAUCAACCUUAACUAAUGUCUUUUGUUUUUGGUACUUAGCUCAUUUUCCUCGAGUUUUAGGUCCCAAAGGAGCUGGAACCCAGGAAAAACUGACCGUUGAUCCAAGGCCUACAUAGAGAAAUAAAACCAGACGCACUGAUACCUGCAAGUAAUGUCUGACCAGUACAUAGGGUUACUAUGAGCACAUUUUUGGACUGUGGGAGGAAGCCAGAACACCAGAGAGAGCGCACACAUACACAGUGAGAUCAUGGAAACCUCAUAAAGGAUUUAAACUAGCAACCUUCUUGCUGUGAGGCAAGUUUACCUUUGCACUAUGUGCAACGUGUUCCAGAUAAUCUUAUAGUAAAAACUUCAUGAUUUCACAAUAGUUGUGACAUUUGACAGAGCUGAAAUUUUUCAUUUAACCAAACACAUAUAAAAGGCACAUACUGUUUUAUUAUUUGAUGAUUUUUUUACCCCAUUAUGGAAAAUGCUGCAACACACAUGGGCCAGAAAUUCACUGAUGCACAAGCAGGGUCCAAUGAAAAUGUUUUAACAGCGAGGAAGUACACAAUGAUGAGCGCUCUUGAACUGUUUGGGAUUGCGUGUCCUGCUCAAAGGGACCUUAGUCAUGCCAAGAAAGUGAACUAAAACCUCAUAAUGAGCAGUUCCAAUUUUCUUAUUCCACAAAGAUCAAACAAAUGCAGACAACUGCAUAAUUCAUCAAAACCCAAAACAAAAGACCAAAGAAUCACUGGAUUUUAAUGAAUUCCUGAAUUUUGCCAAACAGGUUUUGCAGCCACAGUUUUCUGCAGAGCAGAGGACUCCCUAUGAUUUUAUUGUCACCGGUUUUCAUGAGUACCACACUGACCACAUACCCUUACUUUAUGGUUUCACCAGGCUAAAAUUGUGUCUUAGAAAUUACAACACAAUAGUUAAGAUGAUGUUCCAAUUAACAAAGGUAAAAAAAAAAUAGUGUUAAAUUUGAAAUCUAUAAAGUAAUUUCCCAUUAUUCUUCCACAGUAUCAGUCUGACGUUCCAGCCAUACAGUUACACAAGUUCACAAACAUCAAGCUGUCAUCUCUCUAACUCACAGGCUCAAACAAAGCUCUAAUUGCUGCUGCAGUCUGAGUGUCAGACUGCAGCACAGGGCCUGGGCUCAGUACUCUGCUGGUUGUCUCCAGUAAAUUGGCCGUUCUUACUCCCUACAUGUUCUCCUACAUAGCUUAAACAUUUUAUUUUUCCAUGAUGGAUUUACUGAGACAUUGAGAAGUCUCACUAAAGCACAUCCUCCACUAAUGAUGCCCCCAACCACUGUCUGAAAAUCACUAUGAAAGCAUCAGAUCCCAAAGUCCUCUGUCUGUUUUAAUGCAGUAUGUUUGUUUCUUUUCCUCUUGUGUUUCUGUUUUAAAAGCCAUGCCAAGUAGUGGUAACAGAUUUUGCAGUAUUUUUUUUUCCUUUUCAAUAGACAGCUGUGUUUUGGGUUGAAGAAAGCAAAUGACUGACUUGAAUAAUGGCUUUUAUUAAAGGGUAAUUGGAGUCAGGAAAUCUAAUCAGCGUGUUGACAUUCGGAUGUGGAGUACAGCUGGGUCUCCGGAUCGGCUUUUCUGAGGAAUGCACACAGUUUGAUCAUGAAACAGGUUUGCUCUUCAAUCAAAGAUUUCAUGAUGUGAAACAUGACUCCAAAGAUAUUUUUCUGAGGGGAAAAAAACACAAAGGGCAAAACAAGAAGAGGGAUUCUCAUUGAUGGAGAAUGUCACUGACUGUGGACCUACAGCUUUAAUGUCUGUCUUCAGCUGUCCCCAAAUAACUAUGAUGGAAAAAAUGAAGAGAGAGGUGUAAAUAGACAAGAGGAAUGGAAAAAGAUAACAGGUACAAAAAUCUACCAGUCUCAAGUUUUUUAAAAGAGGCCACCAGGACAAAAUCCAGUAGACGAGUAAAACACUCAGCUUGAUAGGUAGCACCUGGUUAUACUGUAGGUUAUUGUUAAAAGGACCCAUCAAUGAUCAGUAAAAGUGACAGAAGCACUUAUGACUGCCCAUAAAGCUAAACAGUCUGUAUAAUAGUGCAGCUUGUCUUUGGAAAUUUUAUUUUUUAACUGAUCAAUAUGUAACCAACACUGAAACUGCAUUUCAGCACCAUGGACAGCGACACUCUGGAGCAGCAGCAGCAGACUGUGCUGCUCUGAGAUCAGUCUUAAUGGGAAAACUGCUAGUAAGGAUCUGAUCAAGUGCAGAGCUUCAGUAUCUGAACAACAACAAAAAAAACACACUUAAAAAUCUCCAAGAUUUUUCGGCUGACUGUUAUAAUAAUCAGUCAAACAGAAAAGUCUCUGCAAGAGAAACUGAAUGCUGAUCUAAAAAAAAAAAAAUCUAUGAAGUGAGCUGCAGAAAUGCUUCUCUCAUUCAAUCCCAAUGCCGUAAAGUUGUGAUUUCUUUGAAUUUUUUUUUUACUAACAACCAAACAGUGUCUUCAAAAGUGUUUUAUAAUGCUGCGCAACCAUGAUGACUCAUUUUUAGUGAGCCGCACUCAAGCAAUACAACUGAGAAAACAUCAGAACUCAUACGUGAAAGAACUGAAGAAAUGAGACACUUUGAAAGUAUAAAAAUUUGACUUUUUAUGUAGUGUGUGCAGGAGAUAUUAAAGGCACUGUAAGGGAUUUUAAAGUUGCUGUGAAACAGACUGAAACCAGACUCAAGCUAAUGUCCCUUUUUGAUGUUUAAAAGCAAAAGAGACCAUCAGCAACUGGUCUGAUCAUAUCAUUCAUGUGAUCUUUAAUGCUUAAAAGCUCUAUAAGGGGGAAGAACAGUAAAUAUAAAUGACAGACAGCUGAAUAAACAGCCUUUUUGACUUUUCACACUCAUGGCAGGUGACAGAUUUUGUUGUAAAAAGACAACAGGAUGAGGUUUUUGUCUUAAAAUGUUACUUUAACUUGUACAGAACAGUAAAUAACUGUAAAAGGCAACACUUUGUGCACAGGGGGGGCCAAUGUCAACACAAACCUUAUCACCUUAAAUCUGCGUUCUUGCAGAGAAAUAUGCUUUUACGACAUAAAGCUUAAAGUCUAUCAUUUUGGACUUUGAUCUGGCUUUAUGGAAGCGCAUCUCCUCGUAAUAAAAAAACAAAAAAGAACUGAAUGAGUUAAAGAGAAGAGUAUAAAGGUACAGUGGCCAAGAACUUUCACUGCAAUUCUGAUAAAAAAAAAGGAAAUCGAAGCCCGCCGCAAAUAAAAAAAGAGGCGGUGCAGAUAAAAAACAAACAAAAAAAACAUGACGUAACUUAAUGAUGCAAAAAAAAAAAAAAAAAAAGUGGCAAUUAAAAAAAAAAAAAGAAAAAACUGCAAAAAUAAAAGGAUGCAAAUUCAUAUGGACUCAGGCACUGCAUGGCCUAACCAAAUGACACAUUGAAACGCACAUGAAGCGUAAUUAAACAAUAACCUUUCAACUUACUUCUUUCCUCGCCUUCUUGCUGUUGUCUUCUGUGCCUAGAUGGUAAAACACCGGUGAAUCAUCAUUAUCGGUCCCCGGCUGCUCACUUCUGUUGUGGCUUUUUUCAUUUGCAUCCUUUUAUUUUCUCUGUAAGUAACUUUUUUUCCCCCUCAUCACUUUUUUGUGUGUCCUUCACUUCCGUUGUGGCUUUUUUUAUUUUUUUUUGCACCUUUUUUUUUUUAUUUUUUUUUAUUUGCAGUGGGCUUUGGUUUAGUUAUUUUUUAUUUGCAUCAGUAACUUUCGGUGUGCCUUUUUUUUUGCAUUCUUUUUUCAUUUGCAGCAGUGGCGGUUCUCAGCCAUCGUAUAAAUGCGUUUUUUAAUAUCAUUCCCCUCAAAACUGAUAUUCCCAAACGGAAGCCGUGGCACCUCCACCAUUUGGGAGAAGUUCCUCCGCCGCAUGUAGAGCCGACUGCGCGGAAGCAGAGCCUCAGUCAGUCUGCUGGCACAGAGGGAGGCUGCUGCCACUUCUCCGUGUCAUUAUUCUUUGCAGGUUUCCUUCAGUUGCUCUUGAGCAGGAACAGAUCACCUGGAUUUAGUUUAAAAAGAAGAAAGAAAGACAGAAAAGAAAAGAUCUCCUCCCUCGUGCACUUCUCCACCUGAUGUGAAAAAGGAGCGCAGAUAAAAGAGAAGCGAAAUGGGAGCGUUUAGGGUGCUGCUGAGGAGUUUACAUUACGUGGGACUCUACAUGCAACUUAGUGUUUGCACGAGGCAAGCUGGACACGGCGAGAUAGAGAACCACAUCUCCGGGAACGGUAGGUGUGAGAUCUGGGAGACUUGGUUUCUCUUCCUUUUUUUCAAUGAAAGGACAUGAAGGGAGGCUGUGAGGGGAGGACGGCAGAGGUGAUGCCAUCUGCUCGCAUGCAGAGGAGGAAUUAAACAAAGAGAUGCACACAGGCUGAGAGGCUGAGGUUGAUAAACUCAUGCAAAUAGCUGCUGUCUUGUUUGUGUCAGCUUGUAGCUUCUUUCUUUCUGUGACAUGUUAAGGAGUUUUGGUUUGUGCAUUGAAUACAUCAACCUCUCAUUAAGUCAGAGCAUGUCUGUCCAUCACAUCAGACCAAAAAGGUUGAAGGACUGAGUCAAAUUUGGAUCUCUGGAUCAUUUGCAGACUAAAUACUCUUUGAUAGGAGUCUCUGUGUAACAGUAAAUGAUGUUUGGUGAUUCUGCGCUCUUGACUGACAGCAUUGUGUUCUCUCUGAGCGCAGCAUCCUUCAUCCAGCGCUCCUCUUACUCCUCUUUCCUCCUCUUUCCUCUUCAGUGGGUGAUUCAUGCAGACAGGAAGCAGAACUGAUGUCAGCUGAUGGAUGGAAGUUAAUAUUCUCUUUAAGUAUCACCAUGAAAUCUAACCUGAGCAGCCUCCCCCCUCCCUCCCCCUCAGCAGGAACUUCCCUAAAUGGCCAACAGUGUUUACACUUUGUUACGUCAUACAGGCACACACACUCACACACGCUGUCUCACUCACUGUUUGUGGAGGGUUUGUGUGGAUAACUUUGGCUCAGCCUGCCAAUCUCCACAGGUGUCAGUCACUCUGUGGGUUUGGCAGAUGUGCCGGCAGCUCGAUGUUUGAGUUAGAAAAAUAAAGUGAGGAGACGGGGAGCGAGAGGAGGCGAGAGUCAGGGAGUUUAAAUGCCUCAGUGCCCUUGAGUCCAACUGCAGGUCCAUCACUAACUUUUCCUACUUCUGAACUUUUACCUUGUGGUCAGAUGCUUUUAGACUGCUCAAGAUGGAAUAAUAAUAAUAAAAACAAAAAAACUCAGUUUGCAACCCACACAUAUGCUACACCGUGCAGAGUUUGCAUCUAAAAAUGCACACAAAUGAUCAACAUUGAUCCCAUUUCCUUUAACUAAGACUCCAGCUGCUUACUUGAAUGUAUGUUUAUUUAGAUGCAAUCAUAGCACUGACAGGAAUAAAAGAAAGGCUGAAAAUUUAACCAGAUUUGUCCAAAGCAGAACUUGAUAAGUUUUAAAGGUUACAAGACUUUGGUCCGUCUCAUAUGACACUGGCUGACACUGAAGGUCCAGCUUCGACACAAUAAAGCUCCGAAUUUUAACAUUCUUAGACUGACGCGAUGCAACGAGGAUGAGAAUAAAUGUGAUUGUUAGCACAGGCUUUAAGGUGUAGAAAUGGGAAUGCUUAAUGAUAUCUACUUGCCAAAUUCUAUUGAACACUCUCUUGCUGAUCUCCUCCAUCAGGGUCGAGAAGCUCUUGCGCUGCACGGUGGAGAUACACAACACUAUGGGCCCCAUACAAAGGCAGACACAAAGGGCUCCUACCUGCACUGACAGCCAAUUAUUAUACCCACUACCCCUUUUUUUGCCCCACAACAACCACUCUUUUUGUCUUCUUCUUCUUCCUGCUGGUGUGUUUCAUGCUGCCGCUCAUAAAUACAGAAACACAAAUGUCAUUAGUUUGUCCGUUCUGUGCUGCUGCAGUAACCUGGCAAUAUAAGAUGGCAGCCUCCAUGAUAGAGGAUCUGCUCUCACCAAGAUAUAAAAACCUAAAAAGUGAUAUUCAAAAAGAAACCCCAUUUACUCAGGCAGCUAUAAACUGAUUUAAACACGGUAGUUAAUAUUAUAUUCAAUUUCUGUUCUGCAUAGUUACAUUAAAUACUGCACCAUUACUUUUCUGGCCAAAUUAACAUACUUUCACAUUUGGAGAGCAAAAUUUUGCGGAUAUUGCAGCUGGGAAAAAAUUCAAAGAUCUGGCAAAAAACACACAAUUCAUGUUUAAUUUAAGCAUCAACUGAUCUACUAACUUUCUGCUGAUCUUUUGAAAUGAGCUUCUGUUUUUCUUUCUUCACAUAAACUAAAAAUCCCCUGCCUAUUGUUCCAGAUGUUUCAGACAAACUCAGGCUGAUAAAGUUAACACUGAAUAAUGUCUAUGACGCAAACUUACUUUGUUUCCAUGCGCUUUAUUCUACUGUUGACUGUCUCCUCAAGGUUAAGGUGCAGGAACUUAAACACAUGCAUUAUGACCUUAUUAAAGCACAUUUUUCAUUUGUGGUCAUAGCUGGGGUUGUUUAAUCUUUGUCUUUGUUCAAGUUGUCACAGUCUGUAUAUAGUGUCUGAUUUCAUUCAUUUUAUUAAUAUCUUGCCAUCAAUACGUACCCGUUUGUCUUCAGCUUCAAAGGCUGUCCAUGUUCGUCCUCGUGAGUAUGUGGAGUGCCAUGGAGAGUAUUUCUACAUCUGUUGCUAUUUCCAGCACUGUGAGUUGUAUUUCUUGGCAGAUUGGUGCAUCCAUGAGGUAACACAUCAGAAUCUGUUUUUUGGCUGCUUGUUGGGAGACACAUUUUCAAACAGUGGGUGUGUGGUAUUUUUAUGGAAAUAUGUGUGCGUGUGCAGAUAGUCUUGUUUUUUUGUUUUUUUCCUGAGGCAAAAUGCAGAAAAAGAAGACGGCAACCGGAGAUUUAAAACUUUUGUUGACGCAAGUGCAUGAACAGAUUCACACGCUACAACUCCUCAUUUGAAUUAAUGCGUCAAAUUAAUCUAGAAUGAAAUACAUAAAACCAGAGUGUAGAGUUUUGUCUAUGACAACCACUGGAUAAACUGUGGCUAGAAUAAUCUGCAUGAUUGGAGUGAUGAGAGCUCAGGGGUAUAAGUGAGGAGAAAUCCAUCUGAACUGGCUCGGUAUUUGCAGAAAAUUGACCACUUUAUUGAGACAUUCAUAGUAAUGAGGUGAAUUCUCAGUGUGUGGAACCCCACAGUGAAAUAGAUAAUAUGAGGACCAACUGAGGAAUAGCAGGAACCCUCUGGUUGCUUUUACUGUCAGUUUGGCCCGUACUGGUGUUUUUUUUUUUUUUUUAAAGCCUGUGGGGGUCAUAAUUUAUCCUCCUUUUCCUUCACUGGUGCUCUACCAGCUGCAGUAUAAAACACGGUAAAGAAAAAGGCAGUAAGAAAAAUGAAAGAAAAGAGUUUGGGAUUGCUCAGUUUCUGGUCUAAUUCUGCGUUAGUCAUUGAUGCUUUUCAAUUACCUCCUAAUUAGGCUAUGGUUAUCCAGCCAGGCAAUUAUCCCAGCCAAUCAAUCGCCUUAAAACAAUCAGUGAAGGGUAAAUGAGCUGUUAGCCAAUAAGAUGCUAAAACUUUGCAAACUGAAACAGAUUGUAAUGAGACAGAUGGAGAAAGCUGACAGAAGUCUGGGGACGAGAGUGUUGCAACAGAAAAUCUUCAUUGUAGUUUCCAGAAGCACAAAAUUAUGUCUUUAAAUCACAGCGAACUCUCUCUUUUUAGAGGCAGGAAUGGAAUUAACGUCUCACAAAUAUGAUAACAUCACAAUACAAUAUUUAAUUGAAUAUUGAAUUUUACUUCAGGGAUAAAUAAAGUUUUUCUUAUCUUCUUAUCCUAUUGCAAUGGAAAAAGAAGCCUUGGGAAAACUGCCAUUUUUAGAGCUUAGAGCUGCCUGUGAAUCAACCCUUCUUUGGUUAGUGAGAUGUAUUUUGAUUGCUUGUUGUAACUUCAGCCUUUGUCUUUUUGUAGAAAGCUGCUAAACGUGAUUAAAGUGAAGCCUUUGUGUUAUCAAGUAUUUAUGCUUUGGCACAAGUGAGUUCACUAACCUUCUGAAUCCUUUGUUGUUGUUAACCACAGAAAAAGUCUGUAGGUUUUCAGCUUCAUUCAUUGUAUAGGGGUGAAAACACUUCCUUUAAAGUCUUUUGGCUCGGCUGGAUUUUUUUCUUCACAUUUCUUUAAAUCUUUUCUGAUGACGCUUGGCCAAGUGGCUCCUCUUGUUGGUAGGUAAUGUCAGUCUGGCAGUGACUGCAUAGUUAGAUAGGUUUUAACUACACCAUCAAACCAACAUUGUAUUAGUCUUGCAUUGAUUGUUCAAAUACACCAACAAUGAUCCAUGGGCUGUUCAAACUGUGCCAUUCAGUGUCUUUUAGUCAUUAAUGAGUUAAUCAUUCAUGGCAGCUCUACCCUGAACAACAUUCAUAACUGCUGCAUUAUCAUUAAUCCACAUAAAUUCAUACGUUCCUUUUGUGUAAGGUGACUAAAAUGCGCGUCUUGCUCCACUGAAGAUGACAUUCACAUCUGUGAGCCUCCAUUCAGAGACGGUCUUAUAUCCUCACCCUGUUUUGACCCCCAUCACCACAGAUACCAGCCCCAUUCUGACUCCCAUUAUUAGAUUGGGUUUGAACCAUUUUUCUCCAAUUCAACAGGUGAAUCAUUUACCAUUCAGUGAAGACAGACGCCUUUAUGGCUGCUGCUGCCCCUUUAAAAGGCUUCAGGCAUGGCUGCUCCUCUGCACUCUGACUGAAUAUAGAGGAAUAUAGUGGAAGGAUGUGUGAGAGUGAACUCAGGUGUAGCACGGAUGCAAUUACAGCCUGCGACUGCUAAACCUCCUUAUAACUCUGUCCUAUGCACCUUAAAUGCCCUUUUUAGUCAGUGGUUGUGUUGUGUGAUAAAUAUAGACGGGAUGGGGGGAAAUAGGACUUCCUCCAAAAGCAAACUGGAGCAGCGAGGCAAUGACAUCACACCGCUGUUUGACUAUUAAAUAUUCAACAGUAGCUGAUGCAGUAUCCCUGGCAAACAUUCAGCAGCAGCUUGUGGGGUUUACUCAUGUAUUCCACAAAAUCAGACGCCAAAUGUCCCUGUCUACUCCUCGCCUCCCAUUCACUCAAUUACAGUUUACCUCCAUGAGGACAUGUCCACGCGGUGGUGGGGUUCCUCACACCGUCACAGCAUGUAGUACAGAGGAAUAAAUCCCCCAAAAUGUGGUCAGCUGAUCUUCAGGUUUGGAUCUGCCAGUAUGGGCACAGCUCCAAGUAGCACUGAUGCAAAAUGACAUAUUAUUGCUACUACAGCAUAACACAAACAUCUGCUUCUUUGCACCAUAAAUUUAGAGAAAAAAUAAAUUUUUAGGUGGAUUAAGGAUUCUUGUCAUGUCAGUCAGAAGUAGUGAUGGGCAAAUUAAGCUUCUGGAGUUCUCAUUAUAAUUGGGAGAUACGAAGCUUUAAAUCAAGAAAACACAGGGACAUCUGGUGGCGACUAAAAGAAAUAGCAGUCCAAACAGUGGCGCUCUUUAGUACCACCACACUCUUGAUAUUCAGACAGCUUUGGGUGAAUUUGCAAGAAACGGGGCUGGAGACAAUCUCAGCUGUCAUUGGACAAGAGGUGGGGUACAUCCUGCACUCUCAAAAUGAAUGUGUUAAAAUCUUACACAUUUUUUGUGUUAUUAUAUUUUAACAUUUGUUAUGUUAUAUUUACACAUCCUGUGUUAUUAUCCUAGACACACUUUUGAGUUAAUGCUAUUUUAACACAUAAAAUAGUUAUCAUGUGAAUUAAACACAACAUGUGUUAGCUGCUGCUAGGUCAAAGAGGUUAUUAAUGAAAACACCUGCCAGAGUUAUUUUUAACCAAGCAGUGGCUUUAUUAAUUGUCCUACUUUUGAAUAAUUCUGGAAUCAUCUUUUUUUUAUAAAUUCUGUAACUUUUUUCUUUAUUUAUUUUUAAUUUUUUGAGAGGGAGGAAGCUCCUCAGCAGGGGAAUCAAACCUCCAAACACCCAGUCUCAGGGUGGACCACAAGGCCACUGAACUGGUAUCUGAGACCAGAUUCUUGAGUAGCACGGUGCCCUGAAGACAGGAGUAUACCUUUCCUCACACACAGACGUAUGGUUCUCUUAAUUGACUAUGGUUUGGGUUGUGCUAUUUUAACUCAAUAAAAAUAAAAUAUUAAGUUCCAUUUCGGGGGGAAAUAAAUCCAAAUAUAUAAGUCCCAUUUCUGUAGGACCCCCAGCUGAUCUGUCCACUUUACUCAGACACCUGGAUGGUCCCUGGCUGGGUGACCCUGGGUCAUAGAAGCUUGUAGCUCCAAUUUAGGGGUGUGGAUUGGAGCAAUGCACUGAGAAAGUUGCCACAUGAACCAGCUCUGGAAAAAAAUCAUGUUGUGUAAUCCCUUCUUUGAUCCUCCUGGGGGCAGCACUCGCCACUGCCUUUGAUGGCUUUGAAAUGCAACAAUGGCAGCUGUGCUAACAGCUACAGGCUAAUAAUCAAGCUCGCUGAGGAGUUGGUCUGCACUCACAAAUGUGUGAGAGGCACAUUUACAUUUGCAACUCAAACUACACGCCACGGGAGUAACGCCGUUGUAACCCGGCCCAGCGUACAGCCUCGAGCCACAGGGGACGGUUGUUUGACAUGCCAUGUCUGUAUUUUAGGUGUUCCAUUGUUGCACUGAUGGUUUAAGAUUGAAAUGUUUACAAAAUGUUUAAUGCUUAUACUCUGUGUUUGCACUAUGUUUUGCUCUCAAGUUUGCACUAAAGUCUUACAAAGUCCAAGAUUUUGCGCUGCUGCCUGAACCAAAUAGAUUUUAUAAAAGUGACUUGAGAUUCAAGCAAUUGUUUAUUCUUUUUAGUGACCAGGUUUGGUAAUUUAGUAGAUAAUCGCAGUAGCUCAGGAGGUAAGAGCGCUCGUCCAAUAACCGGAAGGUUGGCAGUUCGAUUCCCCCCUAUCCCAAGUCUGUCCGUUGUGUCCUUGGGCAAGACACUUAACCCACCUUGCUCCCAGUUUGCGUCCUCCACUGGUCUAUGAUUGUGAUUGUGUAUGGUGGUCGGAGAGGCCGUAGGUGCAAAAUGGCUGCCAUGUUUCCGUCAAUCUGCCCCAGGGCAGCUGUGACUACUAAGGUAGUUUACCACCACCAAAGCGUGACUGUGUGAGCGAGUGAAUGAUGUAACACAAUUGUGUGUAAAUCAUAUGAAAAUAAAACACUUUUGUGUGAAGAAUACAUAACGUAGCUAUGUGUAAAUUGCAUGAAAAUAUGACACAGCUCUGUGUUAUCUUUGUGUAAACCCAACACAGUUGAUGUGUUGACACAUUUAACACACAACAUGUGUAAAAUCUGUCAACACAAAGUCAUGUGUCAAAACAACACAGUGUGUGUUGUCCUUAACUAGACACACGGAUGUGUUAAGAAAUAACACAUGAUGAGUUAUUUCUAACACAUUCGUUUUGAGAGUGUGGACAUGUGACAGGUGAGACAAACAGUGUAAGAAAACAGACUCAGAGGAUAAGACACAUCACCAGUGGAGCCAAAGCUACACACUUUUAAAUUACUGACAUGUAUCAAGCAUCUGUAAAAUGAAAGAUCGAUACAUACCGUAUUUGUCCAAUUAUCAACCAAGGCCGAUAAUUGGUCUUUGCCUCAUCUGCACACUUAAGUACUGACACACUGCAUUUGAUCUUUGUUUUAAGAGCACUUUGUUGCAAUUGAAUAACCUAAUGUUUUCAAAAAGAGCCCUGAUAUUUAACAAUUUUUGUGAAUGUGAACCUUUUGUUGGAGAUGUUUGAAUACAUUUUGGGGCUUAAUUCUUAAAACUGCAUGUUCAAUAUUUAAGGAUUUAAAGCCCCAUAAGGUUGACACUGAAUACUAAUAUUUCAGUGAUGUGCUUGGCCGUACUCUUUGUAAAUUAAUCUCCUCUUCCCCUCUCAAAAAUUAUGAUCACACAGUUUAAUUGUCAACUUUCUAACUUGUAAAGCUGUAAGAAGUGGUGUCACCGUCACAUAACGUUUCAUGUUGGAUGUAAGCUACAAAGCUUCAUGGUGAAACAACUCAUAAAAACGUGGUUUAGAGCUCCAUUAUCGUCACCUCUCUCUCCAGUCUGGACCACAGAAAACUUUUCAUGCUAAUUUGUGAACUCUAUACAUAAGUUCAAGUUGUGGACUAAGCUUGGUGCUUGUGGAUUGACAUUAUAUUCAGGACAGAAGGUUGGUGCCAAACUUGGUUUGCUAUUUUUAUAUGAAGCAGCAAAUAUGAAGCAGCCUGAGAUUGUUUCUAAAUUUAAAUAAUUAGGGCGACUUUUAAUCUUCCUGUUUCUGACUGUGUGCCUCUGUCCUCAAAAACACAAAGACACAUGGAGGAAGAAGGAAAGUGUCAACCAGAGGGACAGGUGAGGGAGCAAAGAAGAGAAGGACAGGCUGACAGGCUGUUUCCGAGCUCGUUGGUGCCCGGUGGAGGGUAGAGCUGUUGUAUUUGGGUCCUGACCUCACUAUACACAGCUCACUGAAAGACGAGUGCUGCAGGGCAGAGUGGGACAAACUACAGGAGGAGAGAAAUUAUUACUGUAGCUGCACCUCACCUCUGCACAGUGUACAGCUCUGUGUUCUCAGGACUUAAAAAUCAAUCCUGUACAAGUCUCCUGAUUGCCCCUGCAUAUCCUUUAUGUGCAAAGAAUACCCAAAGUGAUAAUCCCUGACAGUUUCAAAGUGGAAGGUGUGUUUUUUUUGCAGCGCUUCACUAUUCACUUACAUAAUUCAACACAUUUUCCAGUUAAAUCAGCUUCAUGAUGGUUGUUUUACAGGGAUUGCCUCAUGACACUGGAAAAAAUGCUUCUGGACUUGUAUGCCAGGAGCAGAUGUAUGUUGAACAAUUAGAACACCAUCACUUAUACCUUUUGGCUAUAUGAUACAUCAGUUUUAAGUUAACUAUUUUUUACAUCCUUUUUUCAUCUGUUGAGGUUUUUGUUUGCCUGCCGGCAUCCAAGCAUUAAACUUGCAGGCCAAAGCCAGGCGCACAAACGCUUGUGCAUCCACAUACUUUUUAGAGUGACAGAAGCACAUACAUGAAAGAAAGAAUCACUGAUCAUCUGCAUUAUCUAGGUCUGUUAGUCCAACUAUGAGAAGUUUGAUUUCGUGUGAUUUCAGUCAGACUAUCCUAUUUACAUGUUUUAAAAAUCCAGUUUUGGUCAAACACAGAUCAACUUUUUGACCAACGUAAACACCUCAAAACAGUAAAACUGUUCUGUACAAGGGUCAAUUUUGGCACCAGGCUGUGAACAUUAUGAAAUUUGCUGUAAAAUUAGUAUUUUAUAAUUGGCUCUAAUGAAUUUAUCAUUGUUUUUGGCACCAGCCUCCAGUGGACUCUCUCAGAACUGCAGUUUUUUUUUUGAUUGGUUUCUGAAUUGGCUUCAUUUUUCACCAUUGGAGGUGGCGUCUUGGUUAGCAUUGGUUGUCUGAUUUAAAUCAGUGCUUCAACGUGGCAGGUAUGCUCUGGAUCGCCACUUAACCCUUUAGCAUGCCAUAUCAGCUGACCGUAUCCUCUCUGUGUUACAGGUCUUUCUUUAUAAUUCAUUUAAAUAUAUUUCCCAUUAUGCACUUUGUGAUGGUUGCAUCCUUUGGCAUCGUUAGCUGAUGUUCAAGUGAUUGUGCUGUAUUCUACAUUUUUGAUCAAAUCUUAUUAAAUCUUUCUAGCUUCCAAAAAAGGAUAAAUAAUUCCCUGUACUCUCAUCAGGGUGCAAAAAAACUCAGUGACAAGCACAAUGAAUCCUCUGAAUAUUUUCAUGUUUGGCACCAGAAAAAAAAAAGGGUAACAAAACUGGAGUGUAAUCAUGGUGCAACACUUUGAAACAUUUACAGACAAACCAGGCAGAUUGGUGGGAAAUAAGUGGUAAGCUCAAACAUACUGUUCAUUUAGGCUCUAUUUUAAACACUGAUGGGUAAAAUAUUCACGGUAUUUUAAAUCUGUUUUGAUUGGUGUAAUAACAAGCGAGUACACCCUGCAUUUCUACUUCCAGCCCCUCAAAAAGACACUGAGACUCUGACUGUUACAACUUCGUUAUUAAAAAAAAUAGGAAGGAAGGAUACUGGCAGCUGGUAGAGAUGAAUAAAUGUGUGAGAAAAAAGGACAUUAGAGUAAAAAGAAAUACAGUCUAUGCUUGAAACACAAAAUUGUGGAGAACAGGUGGUUACGAUCUUGGCUAAAAUCCAUUAGUGAAGGCAGGAACACAUGGAGCUGGCUCAUGAAAUGAAAACACUAGUGCUUCAGUUUGGAAACUAAUAAAAAAACCUUAUGGUGAAGUAAGUUUUUUGGCAAAUUAAACACAAUUAUUAGGAAAAGAGUGGAAGGAUUUAUGACCUCUCUGAUGCCCAAAGUAGCUUUAAGUAUCUUUAAGGCGGUUUGAUUGAACAAAAUAGUUGAUGUUCAAAAAAGCUCAGGAGAAAGUGGAGUUUGUGACUUACCUCAUCUACCCACUGAAUACUAAACAAAGUGAAAACACAGCACCCCUGAGAGCAAUUAUUUUCAGCUACCUUGACAGGCAAGUAAAGAGUAACUACAGCAACAAGCAGGAAGCCGAGCACGGAUUGUUUACCAAGGACUGAAUAUUUACUUCAACCAAGACAACGCAAGAGGGAGAAGUAAUUAGAAAGCUCAUGGAAAAGACUAGAAAGGCGCAGUCUCUGUACCCGGCCCAGCUGAAACUAUUUUUGGAGUCAGGCAUGAAAACAGUGAACAUGCUGACAGACGCUGCGCCUGUGCUGAAAAAGACGGGGAUUUACAUCGAAGAGGACGAGACAGUGAAACUUCAGAGAGUGCCGAUACAAAGCAACUGGAGCACUGCGAUGGGGAGGCAUGAGAGGAGAGGAGCGCCAAAAGAUGACAGACAAACAGACUGUCAUCCAAGUAAUUUUGUCCAAAUACACUGCAUGCUGAGAAUCCUGAUCAGGACAUUAAAAUGAAGGGAGGACUUUAACAGAUAAGGAAGCAGAACAAAGCACUGGGCUUACCGAUGCUUGCAGAUUUUCCAAAGAAACACCAAAGUGUAACACAUGACAAGGUAGAUGUGCUCUAUAUACAUGCAUUAAAAGCCUAAUUAAUUCUACUAUAGUAUAUUAUGUCCAUACAAUUAAAGGAAAAUUUAAAUACAGCUCUGAAAACAGUGCUGAAAAUUACUUCAAACAUGCAGCUGCUGGAGGAGAGUAGGUGAGUUGCGUUUAGUCUCUUUGCUAAAGAAACAGGCAAAGCUAAAAAGAUGUUUGGUGGCUAGUACUAUGGCUGGGACCCUAUAUGUACUGUUGAUGAAGUUAGGUGCUGUUCUGAGCAUUAUUUGUGACUAUACAGUGGCUUUUUGGUUGAAGUUUACAUGUGGAGACGUAGACCGCUGUAAAUUGCUAUUGCGUGGUCGUUACUGAAGUUGGUAUAACUAAAGAAGCAAGCAGUCGGUAACAUUAAUCUCUGAAGGGGGUGUUUAACUUUGUGUUACGGUGUGUUUGACCCUAAAUGAAUUUAAUGCUGGAAUAUCUCUUUAUAUAAUAUACCAAUAAUAUGAGGCAGACAUACUUAACACUAACUGGUUCUGUUUGUUUGUUGAACGGUGGUUGAAUCGUGCAGCCUAUUAACAGACUGCGGUCCUCAGAGCAGACAGCCUUGGUUUGUGGCCCACCAUCGCAUGCCAUUCCCAGUUUCCUCUCUUUUCAUUAUCUUGUCUGCUCGUAGAGCAUAAAAGCCCAAAAUAAAACCAAAAAUUAAAAGAACUGAUCGACCUGUUAUGAGUUAAUACGAAGGUCUCACCAUGGCAGGACUGCAAAGAAGGGAAGCUCUGGAUACAAAAAAGAAAGUCCAGCAAAAACACAUUGUUUAUUCAGGGCUGUAAACUCUGGUUUGAAACAGCUUUUAACAGAGUUAUGCAGAGUUUUUCUCCUUCCUGUGCAGAUAAACAAUGAUUCAGAGGCCUCUCAGAUGUCAUUACUUAUUGAAGUAAAAUGAUUCUUUCAAGGUCUGCAGUUUAAAUGAGGUUACUUAUUCACCAGUCUAAAAUCUCUGCGGUAGAGUAUUUCAUGAUUCAUUAAACAGUUAUGUUGUGAUGUGAGGAAUAAAUAGCAUGAACUCAUCAAAAAAGAGGACUGGAUUGUUUCUUUCAAUGAUAAUAUUUACUGUUUCCUCAGUUUAUUAGUUUAUUCUAUAGGUUUUAGUUGUCUGAAAAUGUUUAAUAGCUUUCUCCAAAAUGUCCUUGAAUGUAUACACAGUCUAUAAUAAAAAGCUGUGACUUAUAUGUCAUGUCAUGAUUUUUGACGUAAGCCAGCAGCCCUAAGUCAUAGAGAGCUAAAAAAUCCAGACAGAGAAGUUUAAAGCUUUUUUUUUUUAUAAGUAAAAGAAAUCAUUCAAAGGGUUUGCCAAUGCUACAGCAGGUUGAUUCAUCUCUUUCUGGUGAUAUCUGCAGUUGUUGCUUCUUUCCUCCAUGGCUGCGGUCAGUAUGAGAGCUCAAUAAAAGCAGACACACAGCUGCUUGUGUCUGAUACAGCCGGCUGAUUUAUCAGUCUCACCUUUGAGGAGCCAUGACAGCGGUUCAUGUGUUGCACUCAUUGCUUGACAAUGCAGACUUGGACCUUUUGAGUCCUCCAUCACUCUUCCUUCCUCCUUCCUCCUCUCGCCUGUCGCCUGUCACUGCUCGACUUGUGUGUAAUAAACUCCGGAUCCUCUCGCUUCCUUUACCAUCAGAACACCCUGCUCACAAUCGGCACAAACAAGCUGCGAGGUCAGACGGCAGUCAAGGACUCUCUUUUUCUUUUCUUGCUAUAAGUGCCUUCUGCUGCCGCGCUCGUCCUUUACUUUCCUUCACCAAUGUGUGUGUGUGUGUGUGUGUGUAUCUGUGUGUGUCUGUGUGAGGACAUACUUUGGAGAAGAAAUGAUUGCAGGCAGCUUUGAGCGUGGUGAUACAAAGCUUCACUUUCUCUGAGGUGUCCGUCUCUGACUGAACCUUGUCAUUAUCCAACUUGUGUGUGUGUGUGUGUGUGUCUCUCUCUUUGUGUGUGUAAGUGUGUGCGUGUGUGUGAUGCACAUGUGUGACUGUCUGCAGACUUUGUAUUUAUGAUAAUAAAGGCGGCUUUGAGACGGACAAUCCACAUACUCUUUGUGUUGCUUGAGUGUGUUUGUGCCUUUGCAUUUAUGUUCAAGAUGUGUGCAUAUGUGUUAUGUGUGUGUGUCCAGAGACAUGGCGGGGAAUAGAGCACACACACACACACACACACACACACACACACACACACACACACACACACACACACACACACACACACACACACACACACACACACAGCACUCAGCAUGAUGAUGUUUGGGGACGUGCUUGGCUGUAAAGGCUUGUUGAGAGAGUGUUGCUUAUCUUCCAUUAGACACAUUACUGCCAGCAUUGCCAUCAAAGUAGAAAGGCACACACACACACACACACACACACACACACACACACACACACACACACACACACACACACUCUUAGAUUUGGAGCGACACACACACACACAGGCCUCUCCUGGGGAGGCACUUGGCAGGAUUCAUCUGUUGGCGGUUUCACUGAGGGAGGAAAGAGGAGGAGGCGGAGCAGACAGGCGAGGAGGGGAGCGUGAUGUAUCCGUGGUCCAGGAUCAGUCAUUUUGCAGCCUGAAAGAGCUCCUCAGCCUCCAGCAGGCUGCCACAUCAUUUAGUGAAGUAUCAUUGUUCCCUGAAGAGCCUCCCCUCAUUUGUUAAACUCUUUUUGCACAAUGCAACUGUGUCUUUUAGUCGUGAGUUAUUCUGCUCAAAAUGUCAUCACAGCUCUGAGAUUAUUUGCACUUCUUUGACUCAUUCUUGAACAAAUUUGAACAGUUUCCCUCCUCAAAAAGGUGUUAAAUAAUACCAAAAGCAGGAGAAACAUUUCGGUACGUCUUGCUACUGCAUGUCAGUCUGACAUUACACAUUGCCUACGCUCCCCAGAGGGAGUGUGAGAAAUGUAAAUUAAUCAUUAAACAUAAAAAAAUGAAAAGCCUUCAGCAUAUUUGUUGCAUUUUGAAAGAAUUGAGCAGACACUGCAAAAAGCCGCCUUAGUGCUUUUUUAAUCACAUUUAAUGCAGCAAUGCAAUUACAAGGCUGCCUCGUCAGUCCAUUGCAGUGAUUUCAUAAUUCACAUACUGCUGAGACUUAAGAAAAUAAUCAGCCAGGUCUAUUGUGCUCAGAGUAAGCAUGUAAUAUUCAUAUCAUGAGCUACACUGAAGGCCAGAAGACGCUGCCUCUGAUCUGCUGUACUAAUAUGGCCCACAUCUUCAUUCAAACUAAAUGAGGAUAGUUACUUUUUAUAGCAUCCUUCAGAUAUAGCGAUGAUGAAUGGGCAAACAUACAGUAUAUAUUUAACAGGCUGAGCAGAGAAAAGUCUGGAAAAGGUCCGCUAUAAGGGGAGAAUGUAAAGGUCAGCAUGCAUAAAUACAUAUUCAAAGAAUAAAAGUUAUAAAACAGACAGAUCUGACAAGCGAGUGAGCAAUAAAGUCAAACAUUCAAAUGAAGAGUAUUUCAGCUAUAGAAAUAGGACAGUACGAUGAAGCGGCUAACUUUAAAAUCCACUCACUUUGUGAGACAGGCAGCUUUGUGGUUAUAAUCUCUGUGAGUUUUUGUGACAUCCAGAGGCUUUUCUGUCCCACAGAGGAGAUUGGUGAUUUUCAAAGUCUGUCCAGAGAAAAACCAAAGUGACCUGUGAGGAUAAAAUUGAGUAAUUUAGUGUUUUUACUGUUUUUACCCGAUUGUGCUAGAUGGAGGCUGCCAUCUUUUUAGUUUGUGCAGCUGACAACAUGCAAAAAAUCCAAUGAGGAGCCAGAGGAGCCUGAGACAGAUGUCAUUUAUUUGAUGUCCAGAUUUUCACAGUAUAGAAAUAUAAUGUAUAGAAUAUAAUAAUAAUAAUAAUAAUAAUAAUAAUAAUAAUAAUAAUAAUACAUUUUUUUUGUCACUACACUCAUAUUAAUGAGAGCAGUCUCUUUUUUUACCUCGUCCCCCUCCCUCUUGUGUGUUCUUUCCCCAUCUGCAAAUACAAUCUAGUUGUGCAUAAGUGCAAUGACAAUAAAGUAUCUUGUAUCUUGUAUUUUAUUUGUAAAGCGCUUUUCAAGAACGCAAAGACGCUGUACAUGAGUAAAAGCAAGAACAAUAAAACACACAUCAAUAUACAAUAAAACACACAUCAAUAUACAAUAAAAUAUACAUCAGUAUCAAUAAAAUCAUGUAAAAUCCAUGGGGGGAGACUACUAUGGAGGAUGAAAGGCAGUGCGGACGAGGUGGGUUUUGAGAAGGGUCUUGAAUCUGUUGAGGUCUGUGCAGUUUCUGAGGUCCAGUGGGAGUGAGUUCCAGAGGGUGGGGGCGGCGACUGAGAAGGCUCUGUCCUUAUAUAUAUAGUUUAUUUUACAGCCAGAACAUUUAUUAAUGCUCUGAACUUCUGGCUUUACUUCUCUUUUAUGUGGCCUUUUCCUUAAACAUUGCUCUGUAGACCCCAGAAUGUGCAGGAUCCUGGUCUAAGUGCAGCUCAGUACAUGGGGAUUACUUCUAGAUGUAAAGUCUGAUUUCUUUGGCUCUGUUUUUCAAACUCUGACCCCCCCCCCAGUCUGCAAAUUUAAACAAAGAAAGGACUUUGAGCUUCAAGUUCAUUAGGUGGUACUGCACACUGCCCAGAAAGAUGAAACUAUAACAGAGCAAGCUGCAACUUAAGUCGUUUUUGGAGCCUUCCCUUGUGUAGCACGCGCACACGCACACACACACACACACACACACACUCAAUUAUGUGUGCUGCCCCUGGCCAUUUUCAGUCAGGGUUAUCCAUUACGACUCUGCAGUGACCGAGCCUAAUUACACCGCUGUGGAGAGCCUCUUUUCCUACGCAGUGGGUGUGAAUGUAUACAGACACAGACGCACGCGCAUGUGUGUGUGUGUGUGUGUUAGAAAGAGAGAGAGAGAGUGUCGUCUGUGAAUGACUCUACAUCCCCUGAUUGGUUCUGCAAUUACCCAAACUGGAGCCAAAUUAACUGGCAUACAGUGAAGGGUAGUGUUCAAAGUAUUGUUUGGGGCUCAGACACCCUGACACACAUGCACACACACACCUUUACACACACACACUAACAGCCUCACUUUGCUUGAGUCCAGUCACGCUCCUUCGUUUCUUCCACCAGCUGCCACUGACUCACACAUCCUGUCUUUCAUGUCCAACUAAUAGGCCUGUGGCCAUCUUUGAGGCCCUGCAUGGUAUUUACAAAGGUCUGCUGAGCCGGACAGCAUGAUACCUGUGGGCAGUGUAGAUUGAAGCAUUUAACACACACGCACACACUAAUACCCUUACACACAGCUUGGUGUGACAGAGCAGCAUUAAAGUGAGUGGUAUUAGCUCAGUGUGGUUUGUAAUGGUUGGCUGCUCUGCAGAUGAGAGCUGCAGUCCAGAUAGAUGCUGAAUGCUGCUAGUUACACAUGGAUACUAUUUACUGAUUGUCCUGUCUAAGUGUUUUUUUCUCAUUAUUGAAGUUACAAAUUAUAUUUCCAUUUAUUCAAUAAGUCUUUAAAAAUGUGUUUUAUUAUUAACAACACAUUGUUAUUGUUGAAACUGUCAAUAUUGCUCAUUGAUUUGCCCAGAUUGAUUAUCUCUCACUUUGUCUGAUCACCUGUCCAAAACUUUCUUUUUUCAUGAAGAUGAACUAAGACUGUGGAAUAUUGCAGCCAUGUCCAAUCAAAUCUGCGAAUAAAUCUAGGAGCGAUUUAUUCGCAGUGAAGACAAACUCUAUCAACCCGACAACUAGAACAACCAGCUGCUUGACUCAACACACCACUAUAAGUAUGCGAGAUUACACAGAUGCUGUUAUACUGACUGCAAAGUUUGGGAAACGCUGACUUAUUUGUGCAUGGCAGCUGUUGUGUACAUGUAUUACACAUUUGUCCAGAUGGCAGCUACUGGUUUGUUUGGGUCUAGUUACUGAAGUUAAAAUGACUGCUAAGAAAUGAAUGUGCUGAGUUGAAAAAACAAAUCAUAGUCACCGCUCUGUUUACAGUAAAUAUAGGACUGCGCUUGCUCUUACUCAAGAAGACCCUCUUUACUCAAGCCUGCAUGCUCUAUUUUGGUGUUUUGACAUGAAGGACUAAUUGAAGGUUAGUAGUUUGUGUUUAUAUAUAUAUAUAUAUAUAUAUAUAUAUAUAUAUAUAUAUAUAUAUAUAUAUAUAUGUCCAGUGGGGUAGUUACUCAUAAAUUGUAAUGAGAUUACUUAACUAAUUACUGCAUUUGAAAAGUAACUUCACUGCUUAUUACUUUACUUUCCCAUUUUUUAAUUUACCAUGUAGAGGUACAUGGAAAAACGUCAUACCCCAAUCAUCACUGAGCAUAGUCCACCUCUAUUGUAUUUAUUGUAUAAAUGUCACCUGGGCAUAGAGUGGAUUUUAUACAAAUAUUUUUGUCCUUUCGACUAAUAUAGUGAAAGUAAUGCAAGUAUCAUCACCACUUGCCGAAAGCCCCUGUGCCAUCAACCUGAUUAAUAUGAGUUGGUUUCUUGGAAUUGACUUUUUAUGUAGCAAAUUGCCACCAGUAUGCAUGCCAAUUUUACUUACACAGUGGUAAAAGGAGGCUGUGGCAUAUAAGGAUAGUGCCCUGUGAAGGGGUAGUUAUGGAGAGUAGAAUUUAAAUGUAGCAUGGUAAUGUAAACUAACACACAAAUGCAAAAAGACCCAAUAAUAUAAAUUCAACAUUGUGUCAUUUAUCAGCUACAGGUGGGAAAUCCCCCGCCCCACUCCACACGUUGUACCUCAGUGUUAAAUUUUUGCAAAGUGUUCCUCCACAAAAUCAUUUUCUGUGUCUUCAGAAUAUAUCAAAGUAAAAGCAAACAGAAGCAGCACACCAGAUUUCCUGCAGGACUCCGACAGUUUCCUCCUCAAAGAUUGAGCAGCAAAGCUCCUUGAAGCUGGAGGGGAGGCAUUUCAUAGCUGGGACAUGCUGAGGACAUUCUGCUGCCACAGAGAGGCUGUGGAUGCAGCUGCUCUGAGCUCGACUUCAGAGUCCCUCGGGGUCGACUUUUUCUCCGCAUCUGGCUCUGCUGCUCAGAGGGGAAAAGUUUGCCCUGCGACAGAGCUCGAUAUCGGAACUAUAUUGCCCUAAACAUGACACUGUAUCACUGAUGAGAGCAUGCUGCAUAUCCUGCUGAAUUACUUCUGGAGGGAAACAUUAAGCACAAAACUGCUCAGUGCUCAAGCUAUAACUCUAGACAAGGGAUUAGUGAUGAGGAUAUGAUGCAUAUCGAAUCACCUUUUGACUGGAGGGAUGUGUUCCCAGCAGUACAUUUAGACUCACACAUUUCCUUGUUUCUUUCCCCUGUAUUCCAAGCAUUGGUUGUUUUCCCUGCAGCUCCUCUGUAGGGGCCAUUUUGACCUUUUUCCAUUAUGUGUUCUGUUAAAUGUCUCCAGCAUCUUAAGAUGGUGUUGGAGGAAACCAACAGACUGGUUUCAUGAGUCUAAUUUGAAGCAUCUUUCAUCACAAAUACGGCUGGGUGAUAAAACAAUAACAAUAUAUCUUGAUAAUUAAUUUCCCUUGAUAUCGAUAUCAGCAAUCUGCCAUGUUUUGGUAGACUAUACGAAUAGCUAAUGAAAAGGGGAGUUGCUCCGGGUCCGCUUCGCACUGAACCAAUCGUGCUGAAUUAGAAUCAAGUAACAAACAAUUGCCUAGAAACAGGCUGCAGCUACAUGCAACCAUAGCACUUGAACACAUAUAGCCGAAAGCACUGUUGGUGAGAAAAAAAAGAAAAUGAGUGCUACCCCCAGCUGAAAUGCAGAUGAAGGCUCAACAGAUGAUGACAUUGUUGACAACAGUGGCACGAAAACAUCUGUGGUGUGGAGGUAUUUUGGUUUUUUGAGGUCGGACAUUAAGCAGAGUAAUGUACACAGCAAAUUAUGUCGAGUACAAAGUAUGUUCUCCCAAAGUCGGGGAAUACCUCAAAUCUUUGACACCACCUGAAGCAGUGCCACGCAGCAGAGCACGCACAAUGGAAAAGGUUAAAAACCCCAAGUGGAGCAAGGAGCCGAUGGCGCCUGUGCAGUCGAAACAGUCAACCAUUCAGUCAGCUUUCUCCAGCGCAACGCCUUAAGACAAAGGGCUCAGUGGUAUUUUCGUCUGGCGGAGCCCGGAGUACAGCCAGUUUGGUAUUUUCAUGGACUGAGGCGCACUGAGGUCCGCCAAGCUGGGCGUGGUGGCGUGGCAGAGGGAGGUGUCAACAGAAUCAGCUGGUGCAGUGACAUUUUUGUGCUCGCCGGUGGUGUAUAAAGUGCACUGAAAGCUCGCCGAUUCAAAGCUCGCCGAGCGCAGCUGGUCAAGUGGUAUUUUGGUAGACCGGCUGCGUAUCAGCAUAUGUCACCGAUGCCUCACCGGCAGGUUUCCACAGUGUCAGGCACAUUUCAGUGCAAUUAAUAAUCAACAACAACUAAUAAUCUGAGUUAGCACAUACAUUUAGAUCUAUAGAUAAAUCUGAUCUAUAUCUGAUCUGAUGAGCGCGUCUGGCACGCGUUUGGACACACAACCUGACCGAAUCAACACAGCUGAAACCGCAUCAAAUUAAAUUAAAUAUCUAGUAAAUAUACACACAUGAUGAAGUUAACUAGAUAUGUAAUUUGUCUAGCUUCUUUUCUAUCUUCCUCUUCCUCUUAUUUCUCGCACCGCUCGACCUGGACACGUCUCCGUGUCCUCUCCCCGUCCUGCUGCAGCAGCGGCUCAACAGAUGAUUUGUUUCAGUGCUCAGAUGAGUUAUCUACUUUAAGCCGACAUACGAAUAUUAUAAUAUUCAGUUUUGUGAGCCAAAUUUAUUUUAUAUGCCAACAUUUAUGAAAGAAAGAGCCAGGUCACGGAGCGCGAUGCGUCAUUUACGCACAGAUGGUUCCAAUUUUAAUGCCAUUAUUGGAAUUUAUGAUGUGAUCUCUGCACACAACCCACCUUUGUCACGUGAGGUUUGAAUAUGUGCAACUUUUUGAGAGUCUUUUUUUGUGGAAAAGGGUGUUUGUCUUACUAGUGGGUCCAAACUUACACACACCAAAUCCAUCUUUGCUCAUAUGAGAGAGUGUGAAGGACGCCCUCUGCAGCACUUACAGUGACACUUGUUGAGGGGCUGCCUUCUGUCGCCAUCUCUUGAUCUCUUUGACUACUUCACAAAAAUAGUAAUAUGCCUCGCCAGUGGCGGAUUUAAAGGCGAGGAUAGGAGCUUAUGUUAUUGGUCAAUACAGGUCUUGGCUGUGUUAAACCCACUCCACUGUCUCCUCCCUCCCUAUGACUUAUGGCACUGGGAGGAGCUGAGUUAGGGAGGGGGGAUACUUACGCCGGGCUGCGCUGCUCACCAAAAUACCAAAUUGUGCUUGGGAACGGCUUGUCGGUGCGUCGGACCUGACUUACGCCUCGCCUGACUUACGCUACGUCUCCGGCGAUGCAUGAAAAUAGAACCCAAAAUGUCAAAGAGACACAAAGACCUCACAGAUCUUAUUGUAUUGCAAAAGACAUGCUACCAAAAAGCACUGUUAAAUUUCAUGGAAGAGUAAAAGAGAACAUAUAAUUGUUUAAAACAUAUCACAUUUAUGUUUUAAACAAUUAUACACUCAUUAACUGAAUUGAUAAUCUGCAAUGGUGUUUUAAAACAUGCCCCAGUAAGUGUUCUCAGGGUCCAGGAGGAUUUGAAGGUUUCACAUCCUCAAGUUUAAACUUUAAAAAUACAAGAGAGCCAGGGACACUUAAUGAUUUUCCAACAGGUGUUAAUUUUUUGUUAGCACAUGUCAUAAAUUCUGACUGCACAGUUAGGUGCAUGCUGUUAGAUAUCUAACCCUGAUGCAGACUGUUCACUGGUUAUCAUUCACUCCAGGUUGGACGUCAUUGUCCCUGUAACAGCUGCUGAUAAUGUUUGGUCUUUGUCCUGAGCUCUGCGAUAUGUCAAGCUCAUUAGCUCGACCAAACUGUAGUGUAUGAAAGACAAACAGAGUUGUGCCGUGCUGCAAAUGAAAUCUCCUGCAAAUGAAGCUUAGCAACGUUCCUGCAAAUAGAUUACAAGCGAGGAGUUGUAUUCCCAACGUCGGCUCUGAUUAGCGCUGCAUAGACGCAGCUUGUUCUGUUUUUAGAGAGAGAGUCAUUCCUGUGUGACAGCUGGGCCUCUCAGAGGACGCCUGAUGUGUUGUGUCCCUAUUAGAUGUGACACUUUUCUCAGCCUGUUAUUCUUUUUUAAUCUGCUUUGUCAAAGUCAUGCUCUCUCUUUGUUUUUCCUCAAUCUUUUUCGGCUGUGUCUCACUCUCCUCUUUUCUCCCAUCCUGUUCUCUUUCUUCCUCACUAUCUACAUGUGUUAAUAUGGUGGAGGUGUCACUGAUACGGCAGCCUCGGAGAAGAUGAAAAGAUUCAGUGCUGAUGUAGGCUCUGCAGACACUCGGUUCUCACAGGAGAUGAAUUUUCCACCUCUGAUUAAUCAAAUGUGAUUUAGUUGAAAUAUUCUGAGUAAGUUUUGGAAAGUAGGCCAGGUGCUUCUUUCUCCCUGUCAGCACCUGUGCUGUGUCUGGAGCCCUGAGGUGCUUUCCGGGUGUUAUCUUUCUGGAUGUAAUGAGCUGAGCUGGAGAAGGACCACAUUGUUAUUUGAAACCGAUGCUCUCGCUUCGUUGUUUGUUUAAAUAGUUAAUCAAAUAAAAGAUUUCUAAUAAGAUAGGUGAAGCAAAAUUUACUAUUCUGUGUUUCUGUUAAAUCAGAGUUUAGGGUUUUAAUCUGUUUAUUAACUGUAUUAAAUCAUAGACCUCUAUGUUGUGUUGUGUAAUGCUGCAGUGGUGAUGAACAUCAUACAGCCACAGGUGGAGAGAGGAGAGGGGGCAGGUGUGUGUGUCUGAAAAGCCAAGGGACAGAGUAAGCACUUCAAGCACUGAGUAAAUUUCCUUCUUUACUCGUAGGGAAAGUCUGCAGUUUAGUCCAAAUUAAGUCAAAGCUCUUAGUAAAGUAAAGCACUACACUAUGGUCCCCUUCAGUCCUGUUAAAUAUUCAUUCAUUUGUAUUAUCCUGUUAGACACAAAGGCAUGUUUUGGUAAACAAAAUAAAGGAUAAACAGUUUUUCUUUCACUCAUCAGAGUUCCUUUGAUUUUCAUUUAUUUGAUGUUUUUCAAGGAGCUCAGAGGGUUUAAGCUUUAAAGAGUUUUAAAGUUCAGGGAAUGCAUGUGAUGCAGGCCUCACUUCAUGAUUAAUUGGGUUAAAUAAUUGUGAUCUCAAUAUCAAUGAAAUUACGGCGAAUAUUUUGCAGCUCUUACAGAAACCAGGCUGUAAACCAUUGCAGACAGGUUGUACUUAUAUUUUGUCGCUCCAUAGACCCAAAUAGCCAAUGUGUGCACUACAGGGGAACACUUGUGUCUUAAAUACUUGUGUAGUACAAAACAAAUGAGCUUGAGUUAAUGAGUAAAUUGAAUUUUCCAAACGGAUCACAAAAACAAAACUAUUUUUAACGUUUUUGAGAAAGUUUUUAAACAUAAGCUAAACUUUGGAGUGGUAGAGCUGCCUCCAUCUCCAGCAGUCGAUAGUCCAGCUUCCACUCCAGUUUUCUGGCUGGUUCCUCAAUGAAGGUUGAGCUCACCAGUAUCCUUUAAGGGUAAUAUAGCAGUUACAAGUACAUCAUGUGACCUGAAAAAAAAUGAGCCAUCUUUUAUAGAGUUCAAAUGUUGCACUCUCACAGGUUUCCUUGAAAACAUGAUACUGAAUAAAAGUUCAUUUUGAUUUAUAUUUUUCAUUUUGGUUGAUUCCUAUCAAUCCUUUUUACAGGAAAUCAACUGAUUUCCAGUCUUUGGUCAGAGACAAUGUCGUAAGAAGACUACAAGAUUUGUUAAAAACUUUGAUUACUUUGAUUUCAUCGUAAACAGCUCAUAAUGACUUUAUACACAUCUCACUGUGACCCAAGUCUUCAUUUUACAAGCAGUAGUUGAGUAGUUGUCACAUUUCUUUGGCUGCAGUGAUAACAGACAGCACAUAGUCUCUGUGCUCUUCCCACAUACUCUCUCUCUCAGUUUUUUCUGAAACAGCUUUCCUCCAAACAAAAACACAAUGAGUAAGAGUGAAACUUAUCUGAUUUGUUUCUUCAAUUUUCCCAGUGUAAGAAGAUGCUGUUCAGGGCAACAAAAGUACUCAGAGAAAAACAUAGAGAUGCCACCUUCUUGUUCACUGCUGAUUGGGUGUCUCAGUGUGAGUCCUGAAGCUGACAGUCUGAGGAAAAAACAAAACAUUUAUCACCCAGAGUAAAAGUCUGAUGGUUGAUGUUGCAUUACAUGUUUUUCGUUAGUGCAGCCUGAUGUUUCUUUGGUAUAAGACGCCAAAUUGUGCCAGUGCAGUUCAUAAGUCUGCCAUCUGAUUGGCUACAAUGCACAUGUAUGCAUAUGAAAUUGAAGGUAGCAUGUGAAUUUAAAAGCCCGGUGUUGAGACAUUUGGAGCAGUCAAGUUUAGUAAUGUGCGUUGGUUUACAGGUUGGUUGUGGGAGCAGUUUCCUCUGAUUUAUGAGAACUAUCAGAUACUCUAAAAAACCUCAUUAAAACUUUCAUCUCAGGCUUUUUCGCUGUGCUCUGAAUCAGUAUUCUGUUUUUCUUGAUGACGCACAUUCAAGGCCGAAGCUUGGUCAUCCGGUGGUUAUUAUUUCUUUCCAAAUGCCAUUUCUUUAGAGUCGCUGCUGUGCUCAAAAAUACUUCCUGUGUUACAUCCUCAUUGACUGAGGGGGAAGGACAGAGCAGAACCAGGGCUGGCAUUUAGCAAAGGGCUGACCGUGAAUAAUGAACUCAGCGCGCCGGAUGCUUUGAGACUAGACUGGUCUUAACUUCUGUUUGGACAAAUAUAAUGAGCUUAAACUCAAAAUCCACAAACUUCUUCCAUACUCUCCAAACCUCUGAGAUCAUUAUGUAUUUUUAUCGCUUUCUUCUGCCUGAUAAGACGCACAUGAUGUCAGCAUAUAACCCAAAACUUCAUCUAAAUUUAGUUCAGUGGCUAAAUCUAUACUAAGAAAAAGGAAUCAGUCCAUUCAUGUCUAGAAGUGCUUGUUUGAGGAAUUUUCUUUUUUGUCAAGAAUAACUUCAGAUGGCUUGAAAAUACUUGUAAUGUGUCACAACGCUGUAUGUAAAUUAAUCUUAACACUUUAAGAAUAUGUUUAAGUGGUUCUGACACCAGAUAUGUCAAAACUACUUGAAGCGGUCAUAUGCCACCCUACAUCUUUCCAGUAUUUAUUGACUAUCCACUCCUAGACUCUAAAUACAGGCAUGAAAGUAAACGUAUUUUAAAGAAAACUCAGUUCACAGCUCGUAUUUCUGGUUCGAGAGUUUCUUUACAAAACAUAUUAGUGAUAACUCAAAAUACUCUUCUUUUUAUCUGCAGUAGGUAUUUCAACCACUCUGUGAAAAUUAAAUGUGGUUUAAAAUCAUAAAAGUUGCUCAUGUGUUCAAAUCCAGAGUUGUGCUCUCCCAAUGUAAUAACUGGGCUCAUUUAAAAGUAAUCCUUUAUCCACACUAACAUAAGAUAUGUUCAUGUUUGGGAGAUUUGGGUUUAAGAGAUAAUGUUUUUUGAUACAACAUCCCAACGUGACAUAGAGGGGAUAAAUGAGACCCCACAUUACCUAAGAGAACCUGUAUAAGGUCUUCUGUUGGCAUGUAACACCAAGCCCAAACUGUCUAAUAGUUUGUGGUUGCUUUAAGUGUUUUCUUCAAUUUGGUUGAUGUCCCUUAUAUUCAGCUCAUAAUUUUCCAACAUCCCUUGUUUCUGCUGUAGACUUGUCAGCUUUAACUUCUGAUCUAAACUUUUGUGCUCUAGCAUAUUUGGGGGUAAUGUUGCAAAUGUUUUCCACGUUGUCCAUCAAUGCUAUUGAAUCCGUCUGAUAAACAUAAAAAGUGUUUAUGUUAACUCAUUAAUUAAACAAACGUGUGCACAGUCCAGUUCUAGCACAUGCACAAACAUCUAUGCAUACAUCCUUUGUAAUUUGCAUUGUGAAUGUGAUAUAGAAGUUAUCUCUUUCUUGACUGCCGAACUGAAGUGGAGGGGAUUGUACAUGCAAGAAUACAUUUUAAAGUGUCAAGGCUUACUGUGGUAUUUAAUCACAUUUAAGAUAGAGUUACAGUCUGAGAGAGCAGUGGAGUGAGGCUGGGGUUACAAAUGCAUCCUGGUGCAGAAGAAUGUCUUUGCAAACAAGCUUUCAGUGAUAGUGUCACACAGAGGAAUUAAGUUCUCGAUGGACAACAAAUCACAAAAACACAUAAUAUCUUCAUAAAGCUUGGUUGAAGUUCUUUGGAAAAAACAGGUAAAUAAGAUGCCCUGUAGACUACAUUUGGAGGUGGUAGUUGGAGGUAAUAAGUGUUUUGUAUCGAUGCAGUUUGACUUUACAUGACCUAUAAUGACAUAUAGGAGAAUAAAUUAGUCUCCAUGUUAUCCCAGCCUGUGUUGAAGCGAUCAAAUUUGAUAAAUUUUUGCCGACACUGUCACUGUAACAUACCCACUGUUGCAAAGCUGCAGAAAGCUGACGCAUCAGCAUUUGUAACUAUGUUGUGCUAAGUGCUGAUACUGAUAUUUUGUGUAUUGUUUUGAACAGGGAUCCCUUGAUGGUGUGUGAGUAAUGGGAGAAAUAUUCAUCCAAACUAAUUAGACUCCAUCACUGAGCAAGCGGCUGCCUCUGUCUUUUCCAUGUUUGUUCUGAAACCUAAUAAAAGGCGAACCCCAAGUAUUUGAACGUUUAAGAGGUCGGCGAUGUUUCAUCAGCCCCUUUCACACAUAAGCGCCUGACAUUUUCAGAUAAUUUCAGGACAUUCAGGCCAUGAUGUUCUCCCUUAUUGCUGUUCACUCAUUCACCUCGCAGCAGGAGACGAUCAGAGUCGGACUUGUUUUCACAACUCGAACUACUCAGUUUGAUAAGGUGAAGGGGCUCCAGGGUAGCAGGUGCAUAAGAUGAAGUAAAGUUGUACCAAUUGUGGUACAACCAGAUCUUUAAAGGUUAAUAUUAGUGAAACGUGCACAAGUAGCUUUCACAGAGAGACUGACCUCUGUGUAGGCAGUAACCUGACCAUGGACUGUAAUAGGGCUGCAGGUAAUGACUAUUUUAAUAGUCGGCUAGUCACUGACUAUUUAAAUGAUUAGUCAGCUAAUCGGAUAAUUACGUGCCUUCUCCUCAAAUGUUCAUGCAUCACCAACGUGCUGCCAUGGUAUGCAAGGUCUGCUUUGCAAACCUUGCAAGGUUUUUUUUAUUUUUUUUUUCACCUUAUUUAGGCUAAAGUGCUCCCAAACUUUGUAGGUUUUUAAGCGCUUACUCGUAAUUGCUGUAUGGUACGCUAGUACCGCCAUGUUUUACGCAUGUGUGACUUUAGGCAGAGAUCAUAAUGAAGUAAGAUGCCUCACUCCACUGGAAAAAACACAUCUGGUGACAAUAGUCGACAAUGGAAUUAGUUGUCAUCUUUUUUUCAUUAUCGAUUUUUGUGGACAUCGACUAAUCAUUGCAGCCCUAGACUGUAAACCUACAUGAAAGUCACGACUGUCACAGAAACCUGGAUAAAGUGAAAGGGUUUUGAUCAAUGUUGUAACUCUUGUUUGUCAUGGGCACAUGUAUGAACCACUGAACUAACGCUGUGUUUACUAUUAAUGUUUACCUGCACGUACAGUGUAGUGACGUGAAAAUCAGGUGACAACAAUGAGGCUAGGUUAGAAGUUUUCAUUGCCUUAGAGAAAGCUAAACUUCCUUAGAUGCUCCCUGGAUGCUCCCUGUGUCGGUGUGUUUGAUUGCAUUUAUUCAGUGAUAAAGCUAAGCAGUAGUCUGUCCUGUAAUCUCUGUCAUUCAUCAACGUCCAGCCUUAAUGGAGCCAGAGAGAGAAACUAGGGGUUGUUGUUGGUAAACCUCCCUUGACGGCUUACACAUCUGCCAGCCUGUUUGUGCAGACAAAGGCGUGCAUGCAUCUCUUCAAAAUUCCAGUAUGUGUUACAUUUUCGCAAGAAUCUGUAAGUCAUUUCAGCGAGUGCUGGAAAGAUAUUCUACGAGUGUUUCCCCCUGUGUGGAAAGGUGUGUGUGCAUGUAUCCAAUAAGUCAGUUCACUUGUUUAUCUGUGCUGUCAGCUCACCCCAUGAGAGCCUCUCGCACAACACCAACCUGCAGGGAGAAGAGGAGGAAGAGUGAGAGGAAAGCAGGGAGAGAGAGGAGGGAGGAAGAGAAGGAGGUGUGAUUAGUGUAGAGGGGAAUUUCACCGAUCCCUGCCAGACAAGGAGGCUCGUUUCCAGCUGUCCUGUCUACCAGCACCUCCCCUCCUCCACCCUACCCUGCCACCCCACCCUCUUCCCCUCCUCUUCUGCUUGUUCGCCCCCAGCACUGGAGCACAAAGGCUUCCUUAGCUCCGGCUUUAAACAGUGGGGAGAUAAUGGGAGACUCUUCUGGCUCUAUAACCACCAGUGCUGAGAUUUCAGUCAAAACAAACAGAGCAUCCAUCAUUCGGCCUGUCACAGGAAGAUGCAAAGCCCAUACCUGACAUGACAUCCAAUUCAUCACAUUUGAAUAAUCCCCUCUGAAUACAAUGAAUAAUGAUAUUCAGGUGGCAGCUCUGUUUGUAAAAGCUUUUUUAUUUGCAGGUCUGAACGUUCACGGUCCUGUAACUCUUUCUAAAGAGCACAACAAAAGAGCGCUCAGUGAAAUGAAGAUUCUGUUUUGUUGAUGUAACAUUCAGUGUUAUUUUUUUCAAGUUUGUUUUGGGGCUUUUUGUCUUUAUUAGGACACACAUUGGAGGAAACAAGUGAGACGUUUGGUCGCAGAGGGUCACAGGUCAGAUUCAAAUUCAGGCCCUUUGCCCCAUCCAUGCAUGAGGCACUAUCUUCCCUUAAAAGCCCUUAAAACAAGGAAAUAAAUCUGGUUUAAUUUCAUCAUGGGUAAGCUUCUCAGAAUCUUCCUAAAAUAGAAAAAAACAGGUGUAUCUUGGCAAUACCGUAACACAUUAUAUAUAAGGCUUAAAGGGAUAUUCCGACGUAAAAUUAAGUAAGGGUCAAACACGCCGUAACACCAAGUUCAUUACUUUACUCACCAUUACUUCAUCAUUUCCUUGAAGUAAUAAUCAACAUAUCACUCAUUGUACUGCAGACGCAGUAGUUCUUCUGCCUUAGAGUUUCAGUCUGAUUGCAUUUCCAUGAGGAAAUGAUCAUAAAUGUUCUUCCUUGAGCUGCGUCCCCCUGCUGCAGUCGAUGGACUCGCCCAGAGGUCUCUGUACAAACAAGCGGCUGCUGGUGGAGAGUGGGUGAGUUGUGUUCAGCCUCAUUGCUAAAGAAAUCAGGCACAGCUAAAAAGAUGUUUGGUGUCUAGUACUAUGGCUGGGAUCCUAUAUGUACUGUUGAUGAAGUUAGGUGCUGUUCUGAGCAUUAUUUGUGACUAUAGAGUGGCGUUUUGGUUGAGUGCGUGGCUCUCUGUAUUGCUAUCACUUGGUCAUUACUUAAAUUGGUAUAACUAGAGAAGCAAGCAGUCGGCAACAUUCAUCUCUCGACUGGGUGUCUAACUCAAUGUUACGGUGUGUUUGACCCUUACUCAAUUUUACACCGCAAUAUCCCUUUAAUGCUCACUGCUUAUGACCCCUCAAAAACAUUACUGUGAGCUGUUAAAUAUUUCCAUCCUGCUGUGUCUUACUCAUAGACUGUAUAUAGAAUGGACGCCGUCUGCCUCCUUGCUGGGUGAAGCCACCCUGAGAACAGCACCCUCUGUUGAUGGGCUACAGUAAAGGUCAUAAAUCCCGCCUCCUCCAGCAAUCCCUAUGGAGCUGUAGACAACUUUAGAAAUUUAUAACACAGAAGCUAAAUUUUUCUCCCCCCUGGUGGUGAUGUGGACAUGUAGUUAUUGUAAGAUUGGUUUGUGCUCAAGUCCUCUUUCUUCUGUGCAGCUCCAUUUUUAAAAGUUAUCAGGGGGUUCAUGUUUUCUAUGAUUGACACUUGAUACAGCCUAUGGGCGUACAAAGAUUGCGUAUGCUGUUUGAACCGAGCGUCAUCACAGCAACUCUUGGCGGCUCUCCUGCCAAUUCAGGAAGUGAAGAAAAAAGUGGAAUUACCAAAAGCUUUUCAGCUUCAAAUCCAUAUACUGGCGGAAGGCGGAACCAAGUUGUCCUUAGUAUAUACAGUCUGUGGUCUUACUACUAUGAACCCCGGAAAAUAAAGUCAUAUUCACUGACGUAGAGGUAGUGUUAAUAGUGGAGUAGGGACGCAUAGAUGUGGGAAAGCAAAAAGCAAACUAGUUCAUCAACCGUUUGCAAGUUGAACAAACACUAACAACCGACCAGAAGACGCCCACUAAUGGAAAGGGUGCAGAAAUAGCUCUGAAGGUCCACCCAUGAGGUGUUCAGAUUUUCACAUCAUCCUUGCACAGGCCCUCUUUUCAUAUUGCUGGAUUAGCUGUCACUCUGCUAGGAGUUGAUAAAUACGAAGUUAAGGGGCUGAUUUUAAUACCCAGCUGAGUCAGCCUUCUUAUUGUACGUUUUUUUAAACCAUCCCUCCUCCUCUCUAAAACUCGGUAUCCUCCCCUCUGUUCAGAGUCAAGCCCAGCAGGGAAAGCCUUCUUUUAGCUGUGAAGCUGGUUCUUAGUUUCAGCCUGUGCAGCUGUCAGCUUCUAUCUCUGUGCGUGAGUCUGUGCAAGAGAGAAUACUCCAGGGUGCAUUAGAGAGGGUCGAGAGAUUAGAUACCGAGCGCUGAUAUCUCCCGUCUCUCCCUCUCACUACGUCUCCUCUCUGCUGCCGAUGUCCGGCCCAGGAGAAAAGGCUGGUGGAGGAGGCUUUUUAAAGAGGCAGAGGAAGAGAGAUGCUCCCUGUUGUGAUUUCUGCAGACCUGCUUCUUUCAUUCUCCCUCUUCAUCAUCAUCUUCUCUUCUGCUUUCUUCUCUGAAACUAGCCCUUGUCCCAUGGCUGCACUCCAGCAAAAACACUGCAACAAAACUGAAACACAGAGACGGGACUGCGCUUUAUUCUAAGAGAGCUACAUAAAAAAAGAAAAAAGAGAAACAUACAAAGCUUCCCUGAGCGCUGAUAUUUUGUUGUUGUUUUGUUUAAAACAUUUUUUUAUCUCCAAGCCUUGCACAGCAGUUUUGUGUGUCAGCUGGGAGCAGCUAUAGAUUCACCUUGGAGAUGGCUUUAUUGAUCGCUGUCUCUGGGGGCUGCUACACACCUUCAAAUUCAUUGAGUGAACAAUCGGAGAGCUGUUUUAAUUGCUGUGUGCUUUUACCCUGUAAUGGCGGAAACAGAGAAAUUGAACCAUUGGGGAAAAGCAGACAUGUAAGGAGAAAUACUGCAGGGCACACAGCAACCGAGCAAUUCAAGGAAACUAUUCUGCAUGCAGGAGACGUCGACAUGGAGAGCUGUGUGCUUUAGAUACUGCAUGAGCUACAUGGUGCAUGUCAUAAAUAUUAUCUCAUGCUUGCUUAAAUUAUUUAAUUAAUUAUCAUUCCUUCACUGAUGUGGCACUUUAGUGUCUGAACAUUUUUAAGUUAUUCAAGUGCACUUUUAAAAAAAUUAUAAAAAUGACGGAAUAAUGAGAAUUAGUUUGUGUAAAUGGGUAAAAUCCUUCACUAACAGGCCUGUUUAACAGAUUAUUUAAACUGUAGGUGCAAUGCAACAUUACAAGUAAGCUUUAGUCCACUAAGUCAGCUUGACAGUAAACUACAAAUAUCUGUCAUAAUAUCAGAUCUCCUCCUCACGAUUACUUACAGCUAGCUAACUAGGGGCAGCUGCUUCUUCCUCUUCAUUUCCUUUGUUUUAUAACAUGUGAAAACAAACAUAAAGAACCACUAUUUUGGACAUUUACUUAAGUGCUGGAUCCCUAAAAGUCAGUUCAGACAAAAAUACCUGCUCAGUGAAUGCAGCUGAACACAUUUUGCAAAAAUCUCAUCCAAGACAAUGCAAACAAGUGCGGGAUGAUGCAAAUUGAGUGGGGGGUGGGGGGUAAAUCUAAAAAUACCUUUAAAAGUGAAACAAGAUCCACUGCAAAGGGUUUCUAAUUUACAUUACCACCCAUUUACUUUACAUUAACUUAAUAACCAAACAAGGUCACACAAAAUAUUGAAUUUAAGAUUGUUUAAAGGCAUGUUUGACAAUUGGAGAGAUUGGUAAUUAUAUUAGAAAAAAGAAUGAAAAAAAUCUGUUCACCCUAGCAGGUGCAGGGCUGCAAAAACAUUGACUAAUGGAAGCCAUCCGUCCCAGACAGCUCCUAUUGGUCAAUCUCCUGCUCCGCCUCUCCACCCAAUCACCUUGUUGUAUUUGACACACCCCUCUCCUGUAGUUUCGACUCAUCCCCUCCCACUCUCCCAGCCCUCCUUGGAGCUCUGAGUGGCUAAAAGUAGCGUAGCAGCUUAGCUACAGGGGCUGUGAUGGAGAAGGAUGCAAAAAAGAAAAACAACACAUCUGCUUGCCCCACCGUCCAAAGUGCUAAGAAAACACAAGCCGACAGAAGGAAGGGCAGAGUCAAAGAGGAAAUGUGACCAAGCGAGGAAUCUAACUUGAAUAAACCUGGGGUCAUCCUUCGAGCGGUGGAGAAAGCGCUGCCAGGAUUUGGGCCUGAAAACAGAUGCCUAGACAGCAGAGUUUUUGUUGAACAGGUAAUUUUUGCGUUUUAUCGUGGCACAUGUGACAUAAAUAACUCUUAUUAGACUCUGCAAUGUCAACACGGCAGCUACAGACGGUGCUCGCUAGCAGAGCUGGCGUUUACUGCCGCUAGUCACUAUCAAUCCGACAUGGUGAAUCCUAUUUGAAGCUAGUGUAGGACCUUCUGCCGGCCGGCUUCUUGCUCUGCCAGAGGUGGUGUGUCGUGGGGAGGGUGAUUCAGGUUCUGUGGGGAGUUAUUGUGGAGCACAUAGGGGAGAGAUUUGUGUGUGGGGGUUGAGAUGCUUUUUUUCAAAUCUGCCUCAACGGCUCCGUUUUUUUCAACUGCUUCUUAGAUUGUCAACCAUGCCUUUAACUGCUACCAUCAAUACAUACGGUUAAAGAAACCUUGUGGUGAUCUGCAGCUGGAUGGAUCCAUGCAUGGAUUGCAGGACAGGAUGUUGCUCCACUUCUACCUGUCAGAAAUGGUUGAGUACAGUAGCUCCUCAGGCUGCUCUCAUAUCUGUACACAUUAACUGUCACUAGUUCCUGACACUCAAAACCAGCCUGAGAUGGUGACGAACAUUUUUGCCACAGUGUCAACAGGCAGCCAGCUUUCUUUGCUUUUUAGGGAUUUGUGUGAAACUUUGUGCGUUGUAGUAAGUUAAGACUCACCUACCAUUGUCGUAUUUUACACAAUUAUAGCCCCUGUGAGGGUGGACUGAAAUUCAUAUCAGGCAUUUCAGAAUGUUGUUCAGCUAUAGUUAGGAGGAUUUCAGUUUAAAAAUGUCCCAUUUUUUUAACCUUUGUUUAACUCAUUAUAUUAAACACUACGUAUGCGAGUGGCAUUCCUUUUACAAAGCGCCAUGAGCACCAAGAAAGGGCUCAUAAACACAGUGGCAUUUACACAUGGCUGUUUCAACCCUCACAUCAUCCAUCACUGUUUUAUGGCUAGUUAGCUCCACUUCUGCUGUACAGACCAGCCCCUCUUUCCCCUCCCCUCCCCCCACACCACCAGCACCACCAUACACACCCUCUCUCCCAUAGGGCAUCUCCAGUGAGGCUUGUAAAAAUCAUUACACACCUCACCAUGAUGCAUGCAUGUCCUGUUCAAUUACUUCCACAGGCUGUUUUUUUUUUUUUGACAAAAUACUGAUACUUGGAGUGAAUCCAGAGUCAUUAUAUUUUUUCAGACCUGUUUCGGGGGGUGGGGGGGCAAGUAUGGUGAGAUAGUUAAGAUGAUAGAUGUGUAAGUUAGAUCGCUGUGUCAGCCAUGUUUCAACACAGAAGCAUGGAAAAAGGCUAAUCCCUCAAAAAUGAGGAAAGAUUUUCAAUAUUUACAGAGAGAGUUUUCUUGAUCUUCACAGAUUAUCUUCACCAUUUUGAAAGCCAUGGUAAGUUCAUGACAAAUAGCAGGAUGGGGAGGAUUUAAGUACCGUUCCACAAGUGUAUGAAGAAGAAGACACGGAAUGCAAAAGAUCUGGCUUCUUUCCACAAGGAUGUGUUUUUUAUAACAUUUCAGAGCUGCAUCUCUCUUCGUCCCUGCCUCCAACUAUUUCACAUUUAUUAUUCAGGGGAAAUACAUUAUUUCAUUGUGUUGUUUGGACUGCAUAUUAAAGUUGAGAAGUGUUGUAGACUUAUGAAUAAGCAAUGAGUACGGCAAACUCCUACUGUGCCGCACUGCGCUGGAGUCAUUUGUGCUUUCUCAUUAGCGAAUGUUCAAAAAAACUCAAACGUGUGCUAAAGAGACAAAACAAUCUGUUGGAUUCUGGUUUGUCUUUGCGUUUGCUCGGGCUUAAGGCUCCCGGCAGGUUCUCUGUGUAACUGGUGGCAGCUGUUUACCGCAGAGCUGUGCAGAGGCUCAUUAUUAGAGCGUGAAGCUUGUUAUGAGGCCGUGUGAGAGACUCGUUAGUCGCUAAUUAUUUCUGAGGAGCUGCCUGGCAAGUCUGAAUGGAAAUGAGUAAAGAGAGACGCACAGUACAGUACAUUACAUUACAUUAUAGGAGGAGGGGGAUUGUCUUCGUAGUGACACGGGUCAAAUAUGUCCACAAUUUUAACUGUGUGUCUUAAUCUGCAGGGAGUGUGAGUUUGGUGGAGGUCAUUCAGGCUUAAGUUCAGAUAUAGGUUUAGAGAAGAUAUAACAAGUUAUACAACACCAGUUUGGAGACAUGACUUUAAACAACAAACACACACACACAUACACACACACACAAAAUGCUGCUUGAGCUGUAAUAUAUUCGGGUAGUUAAGACAUUUCUGCAUUUUGAGAGGUCACACCACAAUAAUGUUGGUAGUAAUUGCUUCAGACCAACUGAAAAGGUAUUUUUGAAUGUCAUCAUGAAGACACAACCACUGAAAGUUAAAUUAAAAAAAGAAAACUAACAACUAAAGACAAAGGCAGACAGCUAGCUGGAGUGCUUUAGGUUGGGAAAGUCAUAAGGCUGUCAGCAUUAACACAUUAAUUGGGAUGCAAUCGGGAAUGUGUUGUUUGCACAUUGUAAAGCAGAGCCAUCUUGCUGCUUUUGUGGUAGAAUAUACCCAGACCUGUGACUCGGGUCUAAAAGACAUUUUCCUGUUGGCAUGUUAUGACCAUAGACCGUAUAUACUAUGGACAACUUGGUUCCACCUCCUGCUUGUAUACGGAUUUGAAGCCAAAAAGCUCGCAAUAUUUCCGGGAUUUUUCUUCAUUUCCUGAUACCAGUGCUGCGCAGUAGCGUUGUGUGCAUUUAGCGGGAGAGUCGCCGAGAGUCGCUGGGGUGACGCUCGGCUCAAACAGCGUAGCUCAACGGAUGAGCUACGCAAUCCCUGAAUGCCAAUAGGCUGUAUCAGGUGUCAAUCAAAGAAAAUGUGAACCCCCUUAUAACUUUUAAAAACAGAGCUUCACAGAAAGAAGAGGACUUGAGCACGAACCAGUUUACAAUAACUACAUGUCAACACCACAAGCAGGGGGGAGAAAAAAUUAUGUUCUGUGUAAUUAAUUUAUAAAGUUUGUCCACAGCCCCAUAAGCUUUGCUGGCAGAGACGGGAUUUAUGACCAAUCCGUGUUGAAAGCGUUCCGUCAGUGUCACGUCUCUGUUCCGUCAUGCAGUACUGUCUUUCACCCACAGGAUGCAUAUUUGGAGCAUGGCAGCAGCGAAGUGCAGCCCUGGUUAGCUGGGCUCAGUUUAGAGGAAACAACAUGCUCACAACAGGUUGUUUUGCCUUUCUGUGGUCUAUUUCCUGCUAAUUUGGAUAUAAUUCAGUGACUGCUGAGUUUCUACUACAUGUGAAGAAGCAACGUGAUUUUACAGUUUGGGUUUUUGUAGGUUUACUCGUGUUUAAUAAAGUGAACUAUGUUCCUUUAUGCUGUGCUGUUACCUUCAGACAGAGUUAGCAGUUAAAAGUCCUGUUGGGGUCCACAUGGAUCAGGGAUUGACCAUUGGAUUGUUCUGUUACUUAUAAAUCCAUAACCAGGAAGUAUUUCUCGCCUACACAAACUGAUACACAGUCAGGAGUCCGCAUAUGGUGUUUUAUCUUGAAAUAUACCGGAUGACACUUAUUCACCUCACGCUGCAGGAUGGUCAUGGUUGUUGUUCUGAUCUUGUUCAUGGCCUGGUUGUCAUCUCCAUGUUCACUUUCUAAAGUCAGCUCUUUUCAUCCUCUGUAAGUACAUUCUCCUGUUGUUGUCCUUGCUCUUCGUUUUUUUUUUUCCCUCCUUCCUUUUUCGUAGCUUAUUAUCUCAUAUUUGUUUGGAUUUAUUAUACAGCCUACAUUGUAUGUGCAACAUUUAUGGGUUUUCUUUCUAUUAUGGCCGCUGCAUAUAAAAAUGAGAGACUUUCCCAACAAUAAAAUAAGCUGAAAUUUUAAUUAGCAACUGCAGAAGCUUGAUUUGUUGGCCUUUGGUGGUUGUUCAAAUCUGCAUUGUGGCAUCAAAACAGCCUCCAUCAAUCAUUGCAGAGAUUUCUUCUGUUUUUUUUUUUUGCUACCUUUUGAGUUCUGAGUUGAAGCUGGUCUGUUUCUGUGGAGUUUGAUUAAAGAGAUGUUUCUGCAGCACCUCACAUGUUUUUCAUGCAGAGCACAGACAGAGGACAGAAAUAGACUCAGCUCCAGCCCUGAAUUUCUUAUUGUUCCAAGAGGAGCUCUGAGCCAGACAACUGAUGUGGUCCUUCAGAGCAAAACAAGGCGUCUGCUGGAGGAGGAUCCGGCCUCAUGAGGCUGUUUUCUUCCUGAUUGUGACGAAGCGGAAAGACUGGAGUUAGGAGCUCAUAUUAUUCAGUUAUUGCUGGAGACACCUGUUAUCGUGGAGAGGAAACGGUGUGUGCAAUUGUAGGGAAGUUUGACGGUAGCAAAUGAUUCUAGAAAAUAAAACUGAUCCCCUGUGUUAAUUUUCAGGUAAAAGCUAAAUAGUUCAAAUGAAACUAUAUCGAGAGGGUCUGAUCUUCCUCCUCCAGACAAAGUGAGGUAUCAUUCAUUUAUUAUUCAUGUGUGCCCACCAUUAAGAGGAAAGAAGCACACAGGCUGCUGUUUGGCAUUAAAUGAACAAGAGUCUGUGAUUAAGUUUUGAUAACCUAAAAGAACUCUGACGCAUUAACAAUACUUUUGUUUGCCAAGUUUCCCAUAAAUAAUACAGUUACUAUUUCAGCUAAUAGCAGUAAGUGUAUUACUACCUACACUAUAGCCCUACAGUCUAUUAAACACCUUAAACUAAUAAUGGAUCUGCUGGAAUUUAUUGAACAUGAUUAAACUUGAAGAUAUUUAUUCAUGCCAUUGUUAUUCCGAUAAUGUCUUAACCGAUGAGGCCAGCCUCUGCGUCUCUCCUCAGACACAUGUUCGAUGUAAAGCCUCUCACCUGAUUUGUACUCAGAGACAUGGUUGUUAUUCUGAACUCUGUGCUCUCGCCGUGUUUCUCUGAGGAUGAGAUCGUCAAAGUGUUGAUGCGGUGAUUAUUUCUCGUGCAGAGGUGGCGCCUUUGUUGUGUUGGACGUCAGAAAAAAAAGAAAAAAGGACUCGUCCUUGGUGUUCUGGCUGAACCCUCUGGCUCAGGAAGCCGUGUUCUCCUUUUAACCUUUUUUCAUUUGAUUAAGAGGGAAAACAGUGUUUGACCUGCGCUGUGGGGGAGGCAGGAUGGCUGCUGGGAUUUGGGCCAAAACAGCAGGAAACUGAGCGCAAGUGGAGGAGCUGGCAGAGGGUGAUGAAGGUCCAUGCACACACACAUAUCCACAAGUCCCUGUGUGCAUUUCUAUGCAGGAACACAAGCAAACACCCGCAGGGAUCUACCUGUAACAGUUUUUGCACAUAGACAUGCUUAUGAACAUCAUUACAUCAUUAAAUACAACACCAAAGACCCAUACAUCAUCAACACACACUCUCUGCAAGCUCCUACUAGGGAAAAAUGUUAUUUUGUCAUCCUUGUAUAAUUUUCUGCGUCCACCCAAUCCCAUUCGAUUACUUAGUCAUGUUAAAAUGUUUGUAGAAUUUGUGUGUUGAGCUUCAAGCUUAAGGCACAUUCAGCCUCUGCCUGUUGACAAUGUGGCAAAAACUGGUUCUGUUGACAGGGUGUGUGAUGAUGACAGUAUCACACCCCCCACAGUCCAUGGGGACAGAUAUGACAGCAGUUUGAAGAGCAUCCUGUCCUGCAAUCCAGGCAAUGGCAAUAGAGCUAAUGAGAGCAUCUGAAGAUUGUGUUUGCAGCAAAUGUUAUCAGUAGAAAAAACAGCUGAAAAUGAAAACUUUUGACAGAACGUUCCAGGUUGGAAUCUUUUAAAAGUCACUCGUUCUGCUGCUGUGGAAACUGCAUACACUGAUGCAAUGAAAAUAGUAAAAUCACAGCUCUAUUCACACAUACUACAGUCAAAGAGUUUGUAAUCACUUCUCUGCUGAAGGACUUAUUUGUGCACAGGCACAUUGUGUCCUUCAGCAGUGUUUCAUUAUACUACCAACUACCAGCCUGGCAUGCAUUCACCAGCAUUUGUUCCCUCAGUGUUGUCAUAUGAUUAUUUGAAAAUGCAAAGAAAAAGAAAAAAUAAGGAGGUUGUUCUUCUCUCUGCCAGAGCAACUUUAAACCAUAAGCAGUAGUGUCAAUAAUAGUGAAACAGUUGUGACAUUUGCUGCAUUUGAUGUUUAAAGGUAAGUCAACUGCAAAACUUCAACAAGACAGCAAGUUGACUGAAGACAGAAAUGUCAUAAAAAUUCCUGCAAAAGUCCAGUUUUCACUGUCUCAUACUGCCUUUGGUGGAAAAAUUCAGCCCGAUGUAAACUAUAACAAAUAAUCUGGCUCAUAUUUGAACCACACCAUGAUGGAAAAUGUUCAGUUUAAUAUUGAUUUGUCCUGCAGGGUGGCUGGAAAGAGUUAGUUGCUGUGGAAGUUCCACCUAAUGUUGGAUAAGAGGUAUUUUAUUUAAGAUAUCAAUGAAUUUGAUACAGGCACCCUCAGUGUCACUUCUGGACAUUUUUUUUUUUUUUUUUAGUACCGUUAUUAAACCUUUCCUCCCUCCAAAGACUAAUAAAGAGCCUAACAGACUUGUGCUGUUUUGCUUUAUUUGUAAUUUUCCUUCACUUUUGAUAAAAUUGCACAAAUGGUUUGCAUAAACACUGCAAACAAAGGUUUUGGGCACAGUCUUAAAAUGCUAACAGGGUUGACAGAAUCCUGAGUCUUAAAAUCACAUUUGACUCAAGACUUUACACCCACAGUACGAGGGUUUACAUUUUUAUGUUUUCAUGCAUUAUUUUGCGAUAGAGAUUUCAUUGUUUUUAAAGCUAAUUGAAUAAUAAUGUUGUGUUUCAUUGUAAGGCUGCACAAAGAAACCAUCUCCUGAAAAUGUGGCUGCAGAUCUGAGGUCUUCUUGAAAAGUCCUUGAAAAAAGAUUAAACUCCCUCCAGCUCCAUGCUUGCUGUUCUUACAGAGCCUGACCUCUGACCUCCCAGUGGAGAAGAGCAUUUGAAAAGUGAAAUCCUUUGUAAAGUAGAUAUGUUUCUUUCCUUUACCAUACAGCAUUGAUCCCACAUGGGUCGUUUCUCAUGCCCUCGCUCUUCUGUACUGAAUUGAGCUUUUAAAUAGGCUCUGGGUGCUAUACAGACGUUAUAAAAAUCAAUCUCCUGGCUCCAUUGGUAUUCAAUCUUCAGAUGUGCUACAACAUAGUGUAACCACUGUGCAUCACAUAAUGAAGAGCAUUGAGAUUCAGAUGCUGAUGCCACUGUCCAAUUUUCCCUUGAGCCAUUAAGCUCGGGCUUAGAUUCAAGCAUGACAGAUUUUACCUCCUACUGUUUGAACAAAGCAGCAACAGCAACUAUAUUUACAUUUCUGCAUAGGAAGCUGUCUAUUAGGGGAAAUUAGUUAAAUUAGCAUGUAAUAAAAAUGCAAUUCUGUUUAGUAGAAGUGUAAUUGAACAGCACAGCAAUAUAUACCCUUCUCUUUCUGAGCGUAAAAGAGGAUGCACAUACAUCAGCCUAAUUACCAUUAUAAUAGCUAUAAAGGCACACUCUGCUGCAGCCAAUUCCUCUGCUGUUAUGAAGCCAUUUCAAGAAGCCGAAAGCCUCUCGAGAGUACAGUAUAUGCACCCCGAUGCAGCACCAGCCAUCUCACACACACUGCGCAGCAUUGACAUUCAGAGGCUGAUGCUGCUGGCUGCAGAAUCUCACAGCUUGCAGCAUCUAUUUUUGCAACAAAUACAGGAAGUGGAUGUAAGUAUAUGUUAAUAUUCAUGCCAAGCCCUGUGAUGUGGUUUCAAAUGCUGUGGCAAAGGAUGAAAAGGGUAAAUUAUGUCAUGGCCUCUAAGCAAUCAUCCUAUUCAACCAACGAACAAUAGAGGAAAGCGAACCAUUAUUCUCCCUCACCAUGACAUAACAUCAGGUUGGCGUAUUUAUUGGGCUAUUAUAGUGAAACCGUCAUGUAGUCAUGAGAUGAUCUGACAUGCCCACUGAUAUGCAGUCCUUUUAGAAAAUUACUGAAAUGACUUGAAUAUAAGAAAAUGGUCAUCAAUACAGCAGAGACAUUAAAUAAACUGUCAAAAAGCCUGCACAUACGGCGUUACAGAGAGAAAUUUACAAAGAUGGCACGUCAAAAGAUGGUCUUUAAAUAAAACAAACUAAGAUAUGCCCAUAAGUAGACAUUCCUGAUGGUCUUGUUUGCUUUUGGAUAUCAGAUAAAGACGUCAACAUGAAUUUAAGUCUACUCCUUUGAUGUAAAAACUUCUCCCAAGACCCUUCAAUUGUUUUCGUUAAGAAGAUUUGGUCUCUAGAAAGUCUUCCUUUAAUAAGUAUGGGAAAGGAUUUAGUCAUCCGUAAGCAUGUGUAGUUACAAUGGUAAAGAUGAUCAUUACUCAAGCAUUUUGAUAGUACUUAAAUAAAUAACCCAGGAAAAAAGUUCCAGAGUGACUACUGACAGGAAGCAUAUUUCUACCUACCUUAGGGUGGACAAACAUUUGUCUUUACUGUGUGAUGCAUUGAUUUGUCCCACUCACUGACCCUUUACACACUUUUAACACACUUUUAUGAAAUCUUUGUAUUUUUAAAAUAAGUGUCACUGAACAAUGUUUACUAUGUGUGUAAACAAGACAUUCGAUGGAGUAAGUCUGAGGUUUCACAUGAAGACCGGAGGAAACAUCUCCUGCUCCUUCUAUCACGGCUGUAAUUACCACAUUUCAUUUCUCAAACAAACAAACGAUACAAGGCAUCGCCUCAGCACCCGCCCACAGCUAUCUGCUACCUCACAUUGUGUCUUCUCUCUCUCUGUCAAACACACAGUCUCAUAUCAAUCCCUCUCUUUAUUAUUUUAAUAUGCGAGUCUCUCUCACAAAUACACAGAGCCCGGCUCUCAUAAACACUGACCCACUCAUUAAUUCAUUCUUUGUUGUUGAUUUAUUCCCUCGCUUAUUGCUCAUAACGUAAACCAAUUCUCUUUUUCUCAGUAUUGUGAGCACUCUUUCUCUCAAAUUAAUUUCUUCUUGUUCAUUUCAGAUUUCUUUUGGUGGUAAAUGUGCCUGACUGUAGAUUUUGUGUGCAGCGAUUUGAAGCAAAAGCCGAGUAAUCCACUGUUUAUCUUGGAGAUAAUGAUAAUGCUUCAGGGUGAGCAGGCCUUUUAUGGCCUCAGUUAUGACAGUGUGUCAAUUACAGAUGAAUAUUACCAACAGAUAGAGCAUUGGAAAGCUCUAUAUUUGAAACAUUGUAACAAUGAAGCCAAUGUAGAUGAUCAUGAUUACACUUAAAGAGGUCAUUUGUGGGACUUACUUAUGUUUGCACAGUAAAAGAUGCAGUUAGGUUUAUGUAUAUAAAUUAAAAUGACAUUAUAUAAAUUACAGCAACCCUCUGUUAGAUCCAUAAUCAGAAUCAGCCCAUCAUGGUGUCUGAUGGCACGUGCAUUAUCAGGAUAUUUUAAUGAUGUACUCUUUAGAUAAUUACUCUAAGCCGUUACAUUCGUGAGUGUGGACACUGUGCAGGGCUUCUCUGCUUAUGUAGCCUGUCAUAGUCAGUUAUCAUAAUUAAAAACGCAAAGAAUUGAUGUUUUUAUGAGUUUUUGAAUUUGAAAUCUGGAGUUGUAAGCAAACUGCAAUCCACAUCUCUCUGUAAAUGCCUUUAAUUUUGACAAAAAGCCAAAAGGUUUUUGUGAAAUAGAAAUGUUUGUUACUCCAGAUCUUUGCAAUGACUUGGCAAGAGAGAUGUUUUUAAGCUUCUUGGCUCAUAAAGAAUAUAGCCUGUAGCCAGAGGCUAAGAUUCUAAAAAUGCUUACUUGUACCAUAAAAUGUACAAGUGUUUAAUUUUACUAAAUAAAGAGAUGAGUGAGUGGACUGGUGAUAGAUUAUUUUGCCAAAUUGAAUUAAAAAGUGUCAAGAAUAUGAUUUUAAUGUUAGCUGGUGCCUACAGUAAUGAAAUAAGGAUUUAAUGGGAUGAUUAAGGACGUGUACUUCAUGCAGCUGGUGUGUUUCAGGUGCAAAUCUGGUGCUUAGAAACACUGUCACCCAGUUAUGAAUGAAAGUAUCUAACUUCUAGUUUUACCCUUCAUAGGGUCAUUCUUGUCAAGAAGUUGCUGUAAUUUUAAUGAAGGUAAUAAUGACAAAUAUUGAAGACUCUUAUAUAUUUGGUUAUUGUAAAACCUGUUAUAUAAGCUGCACAGGUGUAUUAAACACCUGCAGUUACGGGUUGUGCAUAGAUUUGUGACAUAAGAGGUGUGCCUGCAAUGAGACAGGUCACUGAGACCAUGUACAUGUUUUGUACAGUCUGUGAUCUUACACUGAGGAGUCUUCACACUUUAUUGUUUCUUCAUGAGUUGAAGGAAUCAUCAGUUCAGUCAGGACCAAUUUAGUCAAAAUUAAUUAUUUAUAACAAGCAAACAUUUUCACAUUGGUGGUAUGGCUCUGUUCUGAGAGUUCCUUGCUCUUCCAUGCGCUUGCAUGGAACACCACCGCUAUAAGAGGGAAGAGCUCCUCUUCGCGCUAGCUUGUAGCCUAACAUUGUCGGUGUAGUAGCAGAAGCAGGGAACAUAGGAGCUCUUCAGCACUCGGACACUAAUGUCUUUAGGGACAUGAUUAAAGUUAAUAUCAUAAUUAGCUUUCUAAUGACAAUUGAAAUCCACUACCACAAACACUUGUUUCGCAAUUGUCCUCUCUACUUCUCCGAGUCUGGCCUGCAUAGUGGGGCUCCCAGGGUGGAGCUUGGAUUUGUGGUGUAUGAAAUCUCACUGUGACUGAACCUGCUGUUUGGGUCUGCCAGAGAUUCACAGAGAUUUGAAUGAAGAAAUACUCAGAAAGGCAAUUUCCCACUUAUUUUUCCCAUGAUGUUUCCUGUAGCAUCAGAAAAAUGACAUAUGAACAUGUAGACAACAAGAAAAACAUGAUUUUCAUUAGAGUGGGUUUUUAACAUAGACCAGAAAACAGACAGGUUUAACCAAACUACUAUGACGCUGCCCAUUAGGAAUUAGUGACACCUAACAGCUGAUAAGAACUAACAAGAGUGAAAUGAGAUAAGCAGUUGCAGCUUGCAUUGACUAAUUUGUUCAUAGAGAGGUAUUCUUGCAUAAUAGCAUCCCUCUCAUGAUCAUUAUAUUUUCCUGUGGUCUCUAAAUGUGCCAAACAUUGGAUCAGAAUCAUUCAUGGAUUUUGCAUUGUGGACUUUAAAGUUAAGCAGAAAAAGACAAAUUAUUAUCCCUGAGAGCAUCUUCAGAGGCUCUGUCUCUUCCACAACAGUUUUUAUGUCCCAGCUUUGAAUAUUAUCAAGCAGAGAGGGGCUGUGGGCAUUGUUACCGGCUUCAGCUGCAUAAUGUCAAAUCAAUACCUGGUGCGUUUCAGGUUUCACAAAUGAAAAAUACAAGCAGAUUUGAUCAAUGUACAAGAGGGAUGUAUGACUCCAGGCUUGUACUGUUCUUGUUAUACAAGACAGAUCCUCAGAGCAGCCUCGGUGUAUGACCGGCUGAAGUUAAUCUAUGAACCAGGAUAAAAAUCAGCUGCUUAACUGAUGCAGGUUUGACUUAUUGGCAAAGAGAGCAGGACAAAUCUAUGAUUAAUGAUGAUUAAUGGCGCUCUGCAGAAAUAAAUAGAAGGACUCAGACUAGCUUUGAGUAGCUUUGUAGCACAGAAACCUCUGAUGCGUCUGUUGUUUGCAGGAAAACUCAGACUGCCUGAUAAACUUCAGAGACAGUAAACCGCAGAAUUUCUUUCAGGAGACAUGAAAGCAUGCAGUGCUUUUUCAGAUGAAAUCAAACUCUUCAUGUGUGACAUUGGAUCUCCCAAAAAGGAAAACACAUGAUUGACUCUGUUGACCGAAAUUCCUUCAUCAUGAUAGAAACGACUGUGACAGACACAGUGCUGAUAGUGCAGUCUGAGUAAUUUCAUGAACCAAAUAUGGAGAAAAGAAAAAAAGAAACUUCCUAUUGUGGCUAACUCAAAUAAGCAUCACGCCUCUCUUAAAAGGGAAAUGCAUUAUUUGUUUUUGCUGCGGUGUGGUAGCUGCAGGUGUCUGUUAAACUCAAAACACAUGCAGCUCAAGCACUGAAGACCAGAACAUAAACUAAUUAAUCCAAUUAAUUUUAGCAUCCCACUUACUUUAACUUACUUUUGCUGGCUGUGUCCUGUACAGACUUCUGUCAAAUUCGAGCUUGCCAGAGUCUACUCCUCCAAACAUGUUGCACUGUUCUUGAUUUCAUUUGCUGUAAAAUCUGUGAAAGUAUCUUUUAGCAUCUAGCACGUGGCGAUGUUUGCUGGAUCAAAUGGCAAGAUGUGAAAUUUGCGUGUAGGUGAGCACAUGUCCCAACUGCUUCAGUAUACAAGUCCAAAUCCUUCUUUUCAUUUUUUCAGUCCUUACACAGCUCAAGUUGAAGUCAGGUCACAAGUCCCAGAAAUAAUGACUCAAGUACUAUAACACUCAAUCUGACCUGGAAGGACAGUUCCUUGUUAGCGAAUGUAAAGUGAGGGUAUUUUACUUCAAAAGUACAGAUCAGACAGACUUCACAAACAAAAGGGACUGAAAGCUGCUCAAACAGAAUCUGCAAAUCACACGUUCUCAUACCUGUUAUGUUACAGAAUGCUAUCAAUAAAAAAAGAGGAAAUUUGCUUUUGCAAGUUUUGCAACUCAUAAGAUCUUGUGGUCCUGCAGAGCUCACUGAUAAAAGCAUGUCACUAGCAAUUAUGCAAGCUUGUCAAGCUGAAGUAAAUAAUAAGUGAUGUUUACCAUUUAGCUUGAGCUUUUCCGUGCCAGAUCAGCUGUCUGUCGGUCCACUGAGACAUGGAAAGAAAAACAACUGUCAGACCAGAUAUGUCCCAGUUCAACAGCUGUAUCCUUUAUGUAUCCUCCCUAAAAAAACAGUCUCAAAAUGAAGGUGGAUUCGAGGACUCCUUGUCCAGAAAAUUUCGAAGUGUCAGAAACAGUUUAAAUUGUAAAAAAUGAAAAUAAAAAGCUCUGGACUAAAUCGAAAUUUUUACUUGGGUCUAAGAUACAAGAUGAGAAAAUUAUGUGAGGAUAAUGUUUGUCAUUUUUGAGUCAUUUUUAUCUGGAAUAGAGAAUUAAUAUAACUUUUACUCUUCAUAAUGUGAUCACAUGAGCAGUCUUCUCUUAAACUGUUGUCUUUCCCAUCCCACAUCCUCCACUCUUAAUUUGUCUCCAAUGGACACUGUCCUCUUGUCCAACAUAGGUAUGUGUUGUUUGUGGUUACCUUUGGCAUGUGUGUUGUUUUUGACUGGUUUUGUUUAUUGGUACAACACUUGAGUCCAAGAUGAAUUUUAUCCUGGGGGACAAAAAGUAUCAUAUCAUAUUGUAAUGUAUGGAGUGAUAUAGUACCAUGUCCUAUCACAGCACAUCAUAUCAUAGCACAAGACGUCUUAACCAAAUCAUAACCUAUGGUAUCAGAUCAAAUUGAAUUGUAUGGUAUGGUAUCAUAUCAACUCAAUAUGAAUGUCAGAUCUUUUUUAUAUCCAGAAAUCACUCCCCUUUCAAAGGCAGCAGCAGGCCUGUGAGGGCUUUUUUAAACAGUUUUGUAUCUCCAGAGAUGACAGUGUUUUAAAAAAGUGGUUUUAAAUUUAGUAACGCCUUCCUCACAUUAAUCACACUCCACAGUGUUCAUGUUAUUAACAGGAGAAUGAGGGAAACUCUCAGACAGUGCAAACAAGUCUGUCAAAUGAGUUUUGUCAUUUUUACACAAUGUCAUGCGAAAUCUUUUUUUUUUCAGUGCACGCUGUGUUUAUGGUUCAAUUUUGUUACUUGGUUUAGUAAAUAUUAGACUUUUCUAUUUGUCCAAUAAUCUAUUCAUUUAUUUUUUCAUUAAUUUGUGAAGAGUGUCUUAGCUAGUUGUUAAUGCCAAAAUAUCUUUCUUGUCAGUUAUAAAGUUUUCUGUAUUUGUGAUCUUUCUUUUUGUUGACUCUGGUUUUGGAGGAUAUGCUUUGGUCUUCUUUGGCUACAAAACCAUUGUAACUUUAUCCCCAAUUAAAAGAGGUUAGGUCAAGACACAGUUUAGAGAGGAGAUCUAGACUGUAUCCCACUGUUAGAGAAAAACUUCAGCAUUGAGUCACAGUGGAAGGGAGAAGAAGCAGACUCCUGUCUAACAACCAUCUGCUGAUACUGUGUUGGACUUUGAAAGUUGGAUAGAGGGAGAUGCAGAAAGAAAGAAACAAUAGAGGUGAACAACAACAGUUUGGGUCUUUGUUGCUGCUCACUGCUUGUUCAACGCUCCUUAUAGAAAAUGUGAGUGAAAAGUUGCUCUUCUAGUAUUUCUAUUAUUAUGCAAAUUAAAUAUCGUUAACGAAGAUUCAACAGGUUCACAGUUAUCUAUCUUUCUCUCUAAUGAAACUUCUGCGCCUCAUUGAAAUCUUCUGUGUUUGGACUGAAGACAGAAGUUACCCUUAUUUGUUAGGGGGCCUUUACAGCUGGUAGUGACUUUGGAUUACCUCUUAAAAAAUUCCUUCGGCCAGGGCUUUGUGUUUCAUUUGGCUUUGUAUGUUUUAAUUCCCAAGAUUUGUUGCAAUUUCUCUAACAAAACUGAAGAACAAUAAUAAAACACAGAUGAUCCUCUGUUUCUGUUUUACAAAACAUUUCAACCAGAAAGGAAAGUCCUUAAGAAUGCUCUUCAAAUAUAACAACCGACAAAUUUUACUUCAAACUAAAAGACUUUCAGACUUUUUAUUUCCUUCUUUGUACUGACAUUAUUUCCUUCUCUCCUUUGGUUGCUUUAACACUUGCACAAACACUGUUAAGAUGUUUUGCAUAUUUACAGUACAGUCUAAGGAGAUUUAAACUUAAUGUUCUCAGUGUGAAGACUGCAGUUUGAGUUUGAUGGUGAAUAUUCAGCAUAUUCAACCUCUGAAUCUGGUUUGAACUGCUCAUGUAAAUUCAGUUUUUGACUUAAUAAAUAUUGAACUAUGUUAUAGUAUUUAUGCUGUAUUUUCAUAUGUGUCUUGGCCUCAACAGUACGUUUAGUUUCUGAUGAAAAUGCCUCAAACACAAACAGGCGCAUCAGAACUGAACCAUCCAUCAACAUGCCUCUCUCUGUUUCUCUGCAGCCAUGUUCACAGAGGUGCCUCACGACAUGACGGCCCAGAGAGGACAGGAUGUGGAGAUGGCGUGCUCCUUCAGAGGGGCGGGAACACCCUCAUAUUCACUGGAGAUCCAGUGGUGGUACAUUAGGAAUCAUGUGGACUGGACUGACAGACAGCCCUGGACAACCAAUGAAGUGAGUUCAAGAAACAUGCUGAAGGAUUUCUAAUUUAAAGAUAUUAGCAUUUUGACCAACAGCUUUAACUUUAGUUAUCAGUGCAGAGGAUUUUUAAUCUUUUUGGCCAUCAGUACAAACAUCUUUCUGCCUGUUUCCUUGCCACUCAUGUUGGAUGGAAUGGGUCAAGGCUUUCCCAUCUUAAGCUUGGGUCUUUUUAAUACAUCAAACAAUGAGCGUGGUCCAGACCUGCUGUUUUGGAAAGCGUCUUGGGAUAAUGACUGUUGUGAUUUGGCAUUAUAUAAAUGAAAAAAAAAAUAUUGUUUGAUCUAUUAUGAGCCCUAAUCUCACUCCAGACCUCUAUGAUCAAGGAGCAUAGGACUAAUACUUAAAGGUGGGGUAGGCAGGAUCUCAGAAGUGCCAGUUUGUGGCAGAAAUUUUAAAUGUAAACACUAUUCCUCCCCACCAGUUUUCCCUUCAGCUGCUCCUCUCCCCUCUCUCACUGCUUCAGCAGGCCCCACCAGGAUGGGGGUGAUGUGCUCACACUUGUGGGUCUGUGUUAGGAGACAUGCAGCAGAGUUCUGCACAAGCUGCAGGCGGGCAAGGAAAGCCUGGCUAAUCCCUACGUACAAAGAAUUGCAGUAAUCAAGACGAGUUGUGUUAAAGCAUGGAUUAAUUUUUCCAGGCCAGGUCUUAAUAAAAUGGGCUUCACCUUCGCUAUUUGACGUAACUGAUAAAAACUGGGGGGGUAGAUUAAAAGCAAUUAAAAGAGGGCUGAGGAUUGAGCUCUGGGGGACCCCAUGUGGAAGAAGAGCUGUUGACGACACAGAGUUGUCGAGUUUUAUGGUUAUGGUUAAUUAUUAUCAAAAUUAACCAUAAUGAGUGUGGUGAAAAAGGAUGAAAUGCAGGGAUUUUUGAUGAAUUAAUUAAUAUAUUUUAAUGUGUAUUUAUCAUAAUCAAAUAUAACCUGAGAUAUGUCUUAAUGUUAUUAAAAUCAACCAUAAUGAAUGUGGUGAAAUCAGAGAGGGAUUUAUGAUUAAAAAAAAAAUAAUACAUUUUAAUUUGCAUUCAUCAUAAUCCAAUGUAACCUGAGAUAUUUCUUAAUGUAAUCACAAUUAAAGGGAUCACUAGACUGUUUUUGUAAAAUUACUAUUUUCAUUUAAAAGCGAAUUAUUUAUGAAAUAUAUUUAUGAGCGCCAAUACUCACCCAGCACAACCGAGGACACAUUUUGGUAAAACACAAAUUCUUAGUAUUCAGCCAUUCAUGUGGGUGAUAAGCCAGCUGUUCAGUGACCAAAUACACAGAUGUGUAUGGACGCAGUCCUGGAGAAACUGCACAUAUCACAAUAUGGGGAUACUGAGAUAUGUCAUAGCUGAAUUGAUUUCCACAGGGAAAAGGAAGGAAGGAAGGAAGGAAAGAAAGAAAGUAAAUAAGAAAGAAAGAAAGAAAGAAAGAAAAACCUAAUCUAAGAGCACUGGAAGCAUCACCACCAAAGGUGGACUUCCUGCCGGCGAGGUCCCGGACCAGAACCCCUGUGAGCGGAUGUCCAUGCUCACACUACAACAGGGCACCGACAGGAGGUUGUGUCUGGCGUUAUGAGCGCCAAUACACACCCGCCCCAGCACAAUGGAGGAUGCAUCCUCCAACCUCUUCCGAGGUCUGGCCUGUCCCUAAAAGGAUUGCACCCCUGAUAUGUCCCAAUUUCUUGGUGUAGAUGUCAGUCUGAAGCUGUCCCUUUGGAGGGCUUGGCUUUGCCCAAGGAUACUGUACUGAAACCUGUUAACUCAGCCCUGGUCCUCUUAAUUAUUCUAAGUGUUGAAUCUUAGUGAAGAAAAGCACACAGAUUAAAAUCAGGAGAUGAGUCCGUCCUAGUUGCAUUCUGGGAACUUUUUUCAACAUGCAAAUAAACAAAGUCAAUGAGCUGAAUUCUGCAGUAUCCAGACUAGGGUAACAAAGAAAAUCUCUUUCCUUUAAAGCACAUUUUAGUAAGCAUUCACUCACUACUAAUACCAUGGGUAAGCCCCUUUAUUCUUCAUGCAAGUUACAAACUCUUGUUUUUAAUGGUCUCUUUCUGAGUCUCUCUACGUAAAGACUCCUUCCUAAUGUAUAAGGUCUCUUACUUUAUGGUAUCUCAGAAAGUGCUCAGUCAAGAGGUCCUAAGGACCUCUUACCUUUAGAUGCAUAGCUUUAUUGGUUUAGUAUCCCAAACAGGGACUUUCUUAGACCCACAGCCUUAACUGUUUACCCCCCAAUGAUACCCCCCAAUUGUUAAUUUCUGUUACUGUAAUGUUGCAUUCAUUAUCAUUAAGACAUUAAAAAUAUAAAGAAACAAUGGUGUGAGAUUUUAUCUGAAUGAUUAAAUCUGCACAGCAACAGCCUGACCUUACUUAAAACGAAGUUAUGUCAAUUUUUUCAGUGCACAUUUUUGAAAGUAAGCUGUACGCUAUUUCAGCAAGGUUAUAUUCCAUAGCUAGCAGCACAAAACAUGAAUAUUUUGAAGUGGUUUAAUAAUCUGCCAGCAGACUCCUCUGCCAAAUUGGCCGCUAAACUGACACCUCCUCCGAAAGGAUAAGCCCCUGGAUGAUGGCCAGAGCCUGGCCCUAGUAGUACCAUGGAGAGGGGCAGCGAUGGGAGCAGGUGAAGUGAAGCCACAACAGGUGAAGUGUUUGGCGCACAUUGUGGUAGGCUUUAGCUUGGUCAUAUUUUCUGUUGAUUAUGUUGAACGUGCUGAUAACGGUAAUGUCAUAGCCUAGCUAAUCUUUGCAAGUGUGUUAAUCGCAGUGCCAACCUCCUGUAUUUCCUUCCUUCCCCUUGUGGAAAUUGGUUUGGCUAUGACAUAUCCCAGUAUCCCCAUAUUGCGAUAUGUGGCGUUUAUCCAGAACUGCAUCCAUACACAUCUGUGUAUUUGGUCACUGAACAGCUGGCUUAUCACCCACAUGAAUGACUGAAUAGUAAGAAUUUGUGUUUUACCAAAAUCACUGAGCACUUAGUGGUUUUGGUAAACACAGUCUAAAACAUCAUUAAGCUUUUGGGUACAAUUCGGAUAUCUCCCAAGUUAGGAGGAACACCCAAGUGGCAGCCUCUGGACUGGAGAAAUUAUUAGUUAACAAUUCUAAAAUCAGGGGUAAAGGAAAGUGGAAGAAUAGUUUUAGCCGACAAGAGUGUCUUUCUGCUGGCAGCGUUCUCCAAGUGCAGUUAAUCAGACCAUGAGCUCUGUAGCUCUCGGUCUCAACGGUGGUGCAGUCACAGCACAGCGCUGUCCAUGGCGCUGAAAGUGAGAGCAGGUUAUUUUGACUUAAUUAAACCGCAACAACACCACAAUUUUCAUUGUUCUGUAUUGUAAAGCAUUGUAUUUUUUAAAAGUUUUUUUUUUUUUAAACUUGUAACUGUGCCUGUUUGGUGCCAAUUAUCAAAUCACUAUGGCUACUCAUUAAACCUGAGACUAAUUUAAUUAGUAUGAACUUCAGUUAGUGUAUCAGCAACGCUUAAAUAGAGUGGGAUAAAAAAAAAAAAAAGGAGACUAUUAAUAAUUGUUCCCUCCAAUGUAUUUCAUAUGCCACUCUAUAGACUGAAGUCUAGUGAUGAGUCUACAACAAUGCCACACAUUGACCCAACAGUAUAAAACAUAAGAACCCAAACAGCACAAGAACAGAGCCAAGACCAAGAGGACUGAUAUAGUAAUUUAAGUAAAGAAGGAGGAAAAAACAGUUGAACGGCAAAUGGAAAAAUUCAAAAAAAGAAAAUUAAAAACAGCUGAGGCAGACAAAAUCACUAUAGAUGAAAGCAGUCCAUUCAGAUGAAUAAGGAAAUAAAUAAAAACAUUAAAAUCCACUGAGGCCUUAAAGUUAAUUAAAGGAAAAAGCAAUAAGGACAUUAAAGAAAUUUAAACAUUAUCAAGCAUAAAAGUGGGUGUACGUUAAAGCAACAAAGUGGCUACGAUGCAAUAAAAUAAAGAUUUUUUUAAACAACAUUUAAAGGAAGAUAGGAACAAUAAGAAGACAUCUAUGGGAAAUAAACCGUUAGACACAUGGAGGGAAACAGGAUGAGAAAAGGUAGAAGGUAAUAGAAGCAAUAAGAGAAUGACAUCAUAUCAAAGCAAAUCUUCUAAAAGAGAAGUGGGUUUUGAGAAAAGAUGUGACUGAUUCUGUGAGCAUUAUCUCCCCCAAAGUCAAGGGUCACCUUUAGUUUUGAGCUCCCGCUCUUGGACUAUCAAUAGGGCGCUACCUGAAGAUCUAAGGCUGUGGGAUGUCUUAAAAAGGGUCAUCAUUUUUUAUAUAAAGCUUGGGCCAAACUCAAAGUGAUAAGUAGAAUUAAAGGGAGCUGAUGUAGGGAGGCAAAAAUGUGAUCAUGUCUGCCUACACUGGUGAGAAGUCAAGCUGCUGCAUUAUGGAAUAACUGGAGGUGAGAGAGUAUAUAGGAUAUAAUAUGUGAUUCCUAACAAAGGAGAGGACUGGACUUUUCUUAGUGCCACUGCAGGUUCUCCUGAACACACAAAGAAAAGAGCAAGGCGAGCAUUUAUAGGUUGGUUUCUGCUGUAACCUCAUUGCUUGUUGCCACUAAAUCCUCCACACCGCUUCAUUAGGCGUGUAUUUAUAACUUCAAAGUGCAUUAAUGAGUUUUUGGGCCCGUGGGGACAGUAAUAAUCAAACACGGAGAUAAACAGUUUACACCGUUUUCCCUGGUAAAGUGUUUAUCCAUAAUGUUCUGCAAACAAUUGCUAUUAUACAUCUGUAUUCACAGGGAAUUGUUAAUGUUUAUUGGAGUUACAUUUCUCCUCAUCAGACAAGUAUGAGUUUUCAUGCAGGAUUUAUUAGUUCAGAUUUGAAGGUUGAAUUCUUGUGUUUUUCUGUUGUUGUAGGUGGCUCCUGAAGAGGAGAUGCCGAAAGAUGCUACAAAGAUAAGUGUGAGUUAAUCUUUAUCUGCUGUUGUUCUCUGAGUGAAGCUGCAUAUUUUGCCUCAAUGUCGUGUUAAAAUGAUGGAGCACAAAAACCCUCCUGAUUACAUUCACACUUUUUGUUCCGGAUGAUCCGCAGAUGUUGUACUUAUGCUGUAUUACACACACGGAUCAGCUUUUCACUCGGAGCAGUGAGCGCUCCAGACGACACAUCAACAUGUUCCCCUCAUUCUUGAUGGGCUUGUAGAAUCACAGUGUCAGCCAAAGAGCAGGCGGUGCUAGAGCCGGUGGGUGGUUAAGUGUCCUCCUGGAGGGGGCACGGCCUGUGCUGCAUCAUCUUCAGAUUCUCAUAAACGCCCCUGCAUCUUUAUGACUUCAACAGCAAAUUUAGGUGAUAAACAGUGAUGGGGACAGGCUGGAGAGUCAGCACAACUUUUUAUAUCUCCUCCGGUCUCCAUGGAGACUUUGACUUCCUCACCCAGGAGAACAGUUUCCCUCAGCAUGCUGGGAGGAAGACGGUGCAGCCAUGUUGUAACUCAAACGUGAACUUUUCCCCUCUAAUUAACUGCAGAAGUGAGCAGAAUGUAAAUCACCGUUAAUUAUCUGCACAACAGCCCACUCCUUCUGCUAAAUCUCUUUCUGCAGUCCUAAAGCUCCUGUCACCCUAAUCCAAAAUAGCCCUCUAACUAUAUGUGCAGCCUCAUGUGCAUCUAAAAAGGAGUAAAUCAGUCCAAAAUUCAAGUUAUGUCAACCUUUGUCAGUCUCUGUGGACUUUGGUUUAAAAAGAGUGCAGCUAAACUUCAAUAUUAACAACGUUUUCACAUCUGUCAUCCAAUCAAAGGCAGCAAAAUGGAAGCUUUUUGGCUGUUUAUGUCCAAGGACCAGCAACCAAAGGCAGUAGUGGAUAUAUGUCGCAGUAGGAUAGAACUGCAACAAUGUCUGACGUAAUUUUGAUUCAAAGAGGGCAAUUAACAUCGCAAAGCCCUUUCUUUGAAUCUCACCUUUUUUGCUUUUGAAUCUUAUGUCUCUGCAUGCAGCAACAAAAUGUUUUCACAGCGUGACAUACAACCUAAUGAAAAUUUCUGACUCCCAAUUUAGAAUUUCAACCACUCUAUCAGUCUGACCUCUGUCCAUCUGUCCCUUUAUCCCCUCUCUAAACCUAGCUCAGUCGCAGCAGACGACUGUUUAACAUGAGUCUGGUUCUGCUCGAGGUUUCUGCCUGUUAAAGGAAGUUUUCCUCUUCACUGUAACUUGCUAAAUGCUUUAAAGUGUUGCAUUCAUGGUUGAAAAUGGGAUGGGAGUGGGUCUGAUCCUAUCCCAACUUUACACUGGUCUCAUAAAAUAGUCUCUGUAAAUAGUCUAGUCUUGACCAGCUUUUUUGGAAAGCACCUUGGGAUAGCACUUCAAUCAAUCUAUCAAUCAGACUUUAUUUAUAAAGCACUUUCCAUACAAAAAUGUAGCACAAAGUGCUGUCCAUUCAAGCAGGAUAUAAAAGAAAAAUACAAAUAUAGAACCCCAUCCACCCUCCCAACCCACAUUCAACACAUACAACACUCACACGCUCACACAAAAAACAGGUAAGGACUCUUCAAAUUGCCACAGUUAACUGAGGUGUGAAUUGGCACUAUGUAAAUAAAGAUUGACUGAUUAAGAGUGAUUGAAAUUCAGAUUGAUCCUGUCAGCGUGUCAGGGAUUGAAUUAUCCAUUGAUCCUGCUGUAGUGGGAUCACUACCAGUGUCUAAUAAACUCAAAAACAUCUGCAGGCCAUCCACUAUUUAGCAAAAUUUUGACUGACAACACACCUUUAACCAAGUGUUUGAGUCACUUCAGUUGCUAACAAUAUUGUUUCUAUGUUAUUAUGUAUUACUAUCUUUAGCGUGUCAUGUGCUUUAAGGAAACAGUUUAAGACAAUUUCUGUUGAAGAUUGAUGGUCCUUUUAAAUAUUUUACAAAUUGCAGUGGCCUAGCUCACAUUUACUGUUGAAUGUUUGAAAGCAAAACACAUAAUUCAUGUGCCUCUUUAGGCGCCCUGAGAGGAACUGUUACUGAACAAGACAGCACACAUUUAGACAACUGAAAUAUACACUUUGAGGCUGCACAACACCAAUGAUCAUAUGCACUAUUGCUUAGUGCCGAACUAGAGAAUGUUCAUUACUGCGGCAGCAGUAGCUCAGGAGAAAGAGGUUGUCCAGUAACUGGAAGAUUGAUGGUUCGAACCCCACCCUAUCCCUAGUCUGUCUAUUGUGUCCUUGGGCAAGACACUUUACCCACCUUGCCCCCAGUGUGUCCCUCUCUAGUGUAUGAUUGUGAGUGUUGUAUGGUGGUGGUCGGAGAGGCCGUAGGCACAAAUUGGCAGCCACGUUUCCGUCAGUCUGCCGUAAGGCAGCUGUGACUACUAAGGUAGUUUACUACCACCAAGGUGUGACUGUGCGAUGCGAAUAUGUGAUGUAUCCAAUGUAAAGCGCUUUGAGGUCACUGAUAAAAAGCGCUCUGAAAUCUGAUGCAUUAUUAGUAUUAUUAUUAUCUCAACUCUGAUGUCACGAAUGCAUCAUUCUACUUUUAAUCAAAUUUCCUGAGGUUUCAGUCAUUCAAGAAGCAACAAAGUCACCUGGCUAGUCAUCCAGUAUUUGCAUUGAAAUCAUUGUAUGUUAGAGCACCAGUGUGCAUGCAAAGCAAAAAUAUCUGCUAAGGCAAAGGUAUAUAAAGACAAGUUUUCAUUUUUCUUUGUUUAUUCUGCAACAAACAGAAAACAUGUAGCCUCUCCUUCCUCCCAAGAGGCGAGCUGUUGCUGCCUCGGUGUAAUGAAGGUACCAGCUGUGCUCUGGGUGACUGAGUGCGUGUGUGUGUGUGUGUGUGUGUUUGUGUGGGUGACGUGAUCACUGCGGGCUCUGCAGCUGGAAAAUCAUUAUGAGCUCUCUGUAUAUAAUGGAUGGUGGCUGCCAUACUUAUGAUCAACACAAACGUGGUAGGUGCUUACAUGUAUGGAGACACAAACAAAUGAAUAAUGAAACAUAACAGCUUUAAGAGCUCAUUUUUUACAUACAGUCACACAUGCAGGGAUCGUCUCCGGCACACCUUCCUCCGCAGCAUCGCGGGGAAGAAGGUGGGUGAUAAACGAAGUUGUAUUCAUAUCUGUGUGCGUCACAUCUCAUGAUGUACCCAGAGACUCUAAUCAUCUCAACAGAGCUGCUCUGUGAACUCUCCAAGCUUUUAGCUCCAAGAUGAUGUCUCUCCAUACUUUCAAGGCCACAAAUAGAAUUUGUAGAGCAGCACCUUUGUCUGAGUGUGCGUGAGUAGGAGUAAUUUGCUCUGAGGAGGUCGACUGUAAAGUGUUUCAAAGCUACACUACAGAAGAGAUUUCAACAUCACAUUUUUGCUGAAGGUCUCACAGACUUUUAUAUUAAUUUGAGUGGCUAUCUGCAUAUAAUCCCAGCUUAUUUUUCCCUUGUUAAACCCAGCAAAGGCUAAUUAAUGGCAGACACACUUAAAGCUCUGAAACAGAUAAUAAAGAAAACUGUCUCGAAGCUGUUCACUGACAAGUUCAGCAAGGGAAAGAAUUGAAAAAGGCUCUUUAGUCUAGAAAAGGCAUGUUUUUCUGUCUUAUGGAGUGAUAUCAAGGCCAAUACUGCUAUCAUUUAUGUCUCUCAAAUAUAAAGGCAGCUGACUUAGCUUACUAUCAAGAUUGUUAAUAGGAGGAAAUGAGCCUGAAGCCAAUAGGUAAGCUUAUUUUUGUACGUAUUUUGUAAAUGUGUUGUAUUGGCUCCUUUACUGCUUUACAACUUUUUCCCAACAUAUAGACUGCAGAGACUGCUGCUCUUCACCAACAUAUACAACAUAUGUUAAUGAUUUUACCACAAACUGAUCUAGUCUCAGUGAUGUCCCCCAUUGUUUUCUGGAGAGAGGUCUUGAAUCCCAAACAAUGGUGGUUGUUGUGUUGGAAAUGCUGACUCAAACUCAAUCUUGUUCAAUCAAACAUGCUGCCUGUCAGUCAGCUUUGCCCUUUAUCAUGCAAAUCUACGUAUGACUUGUGGUCUUUACAUCUUCAAAACAUACGAUGUGUAGAAAUUAGGAAAUCAUGGAUAAAGACUAGAAGUUCUGCUGUAAAGACAUUUUAACAUGGAUGUUGAUGAGAGUUCCUUACGUCUGAGGCCAGUCUUACAUAGACACUCAAGAACUUCCCCUCUGGCUUCAUUUUUCAAUUCUGGAGGUUGGCACUUGGAUUUUACCCACCCAACUAAAGAGAAACUUGUAGUUUCACACAGGACUUGAACAGCAGUGUUGUCUCACCCAAUCACUACCCCCCAUCUCUAACCUAUCCUGACUUAAUUACUCUUUUGCAUCACCUUACUUCUGCCUUUCCAACCAUUGAUUUACUGCAGCCACCUGACAUUGCCAACUUAUGUGAAUAUUUUUAACUUAAAUGCACGUUAUAUCCAUGUGGGCACAUUAAGUGGACAAUGAACCUUCAUUCCUGCCCAUCUCUCACCUUCUCUUUUGCUUUUUUCCAUCUCUUCCAGGUUGUGAAAGUUGUAGGAAGUAACAUCUCCCAUAAACUCCGCCUCUCCCGGGUCAAGCCAUCUGAUGAGGGUAUCUACGAAUGCCGCGUCAUUGACUUCAGCGACGACGAAGGUGCCCGCCACCACCGUGUCAGAGCCUACCUGCAGGUGGUGCCAGAGAGCGACAACAUUGACAGCACCCAUAACGACAACUUCGAGGCUUUGGAUGACACCAAGAGAGGAGUGCCAUUCAACGAUGGAGAUGACAUGGAGUCUCCCAGAGGCACCAAAGAGCACGCUCAUGGUCAUCACCAGAACCAUGGGCACCACCAGGAGCACGGCAAGCGGCCUUCAUCUCCCACUCACCAUGGCCACAGCCACAGUGGGAGCAGCCAGCAGCACAAGGCGGGCAGAGAGCUGAGGAAGAGGGAAGUGGACAGUAACCACAGCCUCAAUGACUGCAGCAAUGAGCCCAGCUGUGCACUGUAGAUGUUAGCUUGAAUACACCUGAGCAAUUGGAUAACAUGAGGUGUGUCACAGCAUCAAAAAGCUACUUCUCCCACACAGUGUGAGCCUGUGUACAAUUCAGAAUAUUUAGAAAUGCGCAGUACGGCCUCUGUAACUGUGCUGGAAAUGUAGUUUUUUCUUGCUGUGCAUGGAUCUGGGUUGGACUGCUUACUGUCUAUAAAGCCUGGCUUCACCACAUUCAGCUAAAGGGGGCUGAUGUGUAGAUCUAAGCAGCUUUCCUGUUUCUGUUCUCAGCACCAACAAAAAAGACCCUUGUCUCACUGAUAACUCAUGCUUCUCUUGUACUUUAGAUACUGUAAAUGAUCAACUCUGCUUUCACCUUCAUACUUCUCCCUCUGCCUUACUUUGUCAUUUAAUGCACCCUCAGAAAGAAGACAGUAUUUUACCUUUUAAAGAUGGAUUCAUGCUUAGUAUGAGAAAAUUCUCCCUUUUCCCUGAGAAUUCACUCAAUAUAACUCAACUGUCAGUGAGUUUUUUUUCUGGGUCUCUUGUCUGGUCUGAUUCCUCUGCUUCCUACCCUGAGCACAAGUUACAUCAAAUCAUUUUGAGUUUUGAAGUAAUGGACAUGAAAAUCGUGCAAACACUGCAAUCACCAGUAGGUACCCUUGGAGUUGAGAUGUUGUGCAAAAUGUUCAUAAAAAAAGGGGGAUUUGAUGGUUUGCAUAUCAUUUAGACCCAAAUUUGACUGAAAUUUUGCAACAUGGUAUUGACAUUUCAAUAAAGCUUCUUGAUUAACUCUGCAGACAUUUGGGAACAAAGAGGGUCAGUUUUAAUGAUAUAAUGUGCUGUAUGUGAUGAAAUCCCCAGGUCCUUUGCAGUCUAUGCUCACCUAAUCUCCCAUAGACAGGUGAACCUCCUUUCAGCUUUACUUCUGAGAAAUUUGAGUCAUUUUACUAACCUGCUCUCCUUGUCCCAACUGUUUUGAUGUUUGUUGUCAGCAUCAAAUUAAUAAUGUGCAUAUCUCUUUCAUGAAACAAUUGAAUGUUUUAGAUUCAACAUUUGAUGUUGUCUUCACUCACAUUUUUUAAAAAGUCAAAUUUGGGCUUUAAAUGAUUUGCAGACCAUCAAAUUCUGUCUUUAUCAAUGUUUUUUUCACAGCCUCCCAGCUCUUAUUUAAUUGAGGUUGGAAAAUUCAACAAGUAAUUCACAGUUUAUUGGCAGAGAGACAAAACAAACUUAUUUCAGAACAAAUCUAUCAUUAAUAAAGAAAGCCCAAGUUCAUCUGAGUCGAACUAAAUACAGUGGAAAGACUGAGAUUUAUACCACAAUUGUGCACAGUCAAACAAAGCUCAUCACAGUCUGUGUUUACCUCACAGUGCUUUUGAGCUUUUGAGUUUGCAGCACAACAGAAAAUAUGAUUUUUUUUUCCUUCUUUUUGUGCUGCACGUUCGAUCUGCUCAUGGUUCUUCAGGCUGAGAGAAAUCAAUCAUGUUCCAUUUGGACCGCCACCUGUUUGGAAAGCCAUGAAAACAUCUAAAUCUGUGGCACUAAAUUAAAAAUCUGAUUCGGUGUGCCUCUGAAUCAACUCUGUGGCUGUAAACCAAUGGGAGGAAUCCAUACAUCUUGGUGCGAGUUACUUUUUUGGAGGAGUGGUGCUGUAUUUCUACCCGGCCCAGCUCUCUCACCCUGAUGCUCAUCAGUAAUCUAAAAAGCCUCAAUCCUCUCCACUACAAGCCUCUAAUCCACUCUGUAUAUAUGACUGUAUUAUAUGAAAUAAAGUGAGUGCAUGUUCAGUAAUUUUCUUAAAAACUUUUUCAACCAAUCAUACACAAAGCCAGUGGGUUAGUUAAGGAUAUUUAUGUCAUUUGUUGGUUCCUAAUCAUUUAAAAUUUAAUGUUGGGACUCUUUUUUCCACUUUACUGUCCUGACAGAUAGAGCUUUGGUUUCUCAGAGUUGUUUUCUGUUGCUUUACUGCGCUCCAGAAGUGCUGUACAGACAGAUGAAUGACACAUUCUCUUCAUAGCUGCUCAGAAAAGGGGUUUCCCUAAUGUAUCUUAGUACUUAAACAGUGUUUCUUAAACUACUGGACUGUGUGUGCAGGGCCGCUGACAUGAGUGUCACCAUGUUUUUAAAUAGCCUGAACGUGAGAUGCAGUUCACACAGUUUGGGACUCAGUCUGACAAGGUUUGAAAGGUCAUUUUAAUUCUGCCAGUUUUACAGCCCGUUGAUAAUCUCUUUGCUUCGAUGCUUGUUUGGGGCGCUGGACAGUUUUCUACUCUGCAGUGAUGAAAACGGACAGAGUACAUGUAGGUAACACUGUAUAAAGCCUUGGGCAGUGAGGGCUGGAAGUAAAAGGAAAAUGUUGUUAGUGAAACACUGAAAUUGGCUGUCGUUACUGCCUAAAAUAUGGUCUGUGUCUCAAGGCCAUGAGGGGCUCUGCUUCCUCGCUGUGCGAUCCAUCAGAGGAUACUCCAGCGCUCCUGUGGUUCUUGGCAGUCCCUGUAACUGAAAGGAUGCUGGAGGGGAGGAGGCGAUGAUCAGGGGGAUCUUUUUCUUUUCAAAGACUAACUUUGAUUUAAGGUUUUGUAGAGGAUAAAUCACUGGUUAAAAAUAAAUAAGAGGGAACGUGUAAAUUUCUUCUAGGAUGUUUGGUCUCACUCUAAGUGUAUGACUUUAUCAAAUAAAAUAAAUUGUAUAUGAAACGGAAA